AUACUGAAGUUUGAGGAGCUAUCCAGGUGCUGAAAGAGCAUCAUGCUGCCUUUCAAUUAGUAACAGCAGUCCUCGGCUCUGAAGGAGCGGAUCUAAAGACACUAGUCAUCCGCUGCGUUUGGCGUUAAAGUUCACUUUCAUCAUUUUAUGUGUUGUCAGUUUGAGGCAAUAAUUUUACCUCUGUCUGCUUUUUUCAAUCCAGAACAGACUCUUAACUUUAAAUAUGUUCAGUUAAAUCAAAAGAUCACACCUUUAUUUCUCCAGAAACAAUCAAGUGUUAUAUUCACGAUCAUCGGUGUUAAUCUAUUUUAUUGUUAGAAGCUCUUACCACCUAUUCGGAGCAAAAUAACGAUCCGUACAGCCACAGAUCAAUGGCUUGGAUCUGCAACGACUAUCAGUCGCAGUCUCACAUGUGGUAGAAUGCAGACAGGAGGGGAGGAGUUCACAGCUUUGACUUUUCAAACGCAGCUCUGGCAGAAGAGCUCAGUCUUUGCAGGGAAGCAGCGGAGUUGGCACUGAUGCGUCCUGGCAUGUGAUCCCACUUCCACUUUGGCCAAAUCAAUCUUCCCCGCUGCUGCAGCCUCCCAUUAAACUUUCCAUGCUGUUGCCCUCCCAAUGGACAGCACUUAGUUGGUUUUUCUGGACCGUAUCAGCUCUUGCUUGCACGCCCGCUGCGCACCGGCUCUCUUCCAUCGUCGGUUCUCCAGGUUCAGAGGGACUCGCGCGGCCCGGGGAGCUGGCUCGGGUCUCCUGCACGCAUGGAGGGAGACGUCAUGGACAAAGUUGAGGCCACGGCGACGGUCCGGGACUUCGACCCUAUCAGUGGGAGUAUCCCGGCAACCAAAGUGGAGAUCACCGUGUCGUGCAGGUGAGUCCGAUCUUGUGCUGCUGAUGCUGCUGUCUCUGCGUCACGGUAUGUGAAUCUCCGCGUGCGCGUCGAUUGCAUUGAGUAACUUUAAACCUUAACGUGUAACUUCACUCUUUGUCGUAGCUGGGGGUCGGUUUUAGCCAUAUCCAAAGGGAAUAAAGCACGGACUUUUAAAUUUUGAAAGGAUAAAAUUAACUUUAAAAAUGGACCAAUGAAGAAAGAGAAUAAGCUCUGCGAUUAAAAAACAAUAGAUCGGGAGGACCUCUUUGAAAAUGAUAAAAUAAGAAACCUAAAGUGAGAAAUCUGCUUGAAAAACACAAGAAGAGCAGAAAGUAGAAAAGACAGCCGUUGAUGACCAAACUUUAAUCUUUCUGUGAUCGUGUUUGUGCACUUUUCUCUGCAGGCUUUGAUGUUUUUUUUUCUUUUUCUCGAUAAAUCUAUAUCUCAGUUAGAGUCUCGCGGGGUCCACAGCGCUCUGCUUGUGUUUUGCGCGCGCCAGGUCGCGUGCCACAGGCUGUAUCGACCAUCGUGGAGUUAGUUAGCGUGCCUGAGAGGUUUCCCCCUGAGGCAAGAUGUCAUGUGAAGCCGUGUAAACCGCUUGACAGGUUCUGAAACGACAGAAUAACGAGAGGAAAAAAAAACUAAUACCAGCGAGUAUUUACGCAGACGGUGUUCAUUAUUGUGUUCAACAGAAAACCUGUCCCCAUCCCCCAAACCCCCAAAAUACAAUAAAGAUGGCAAAUGAUGAGCUGGAUAGGGUGGGGCAGCGCUGGUUGCAGGUAGAGUCUCUGGAUACUGUAUGCAGCUGCAGGAUUCUCUCCAAGUGCCUCUAUGUGGGUCGAUACAGUUUAAAUCAACGUGUCUCUUGGAAAUUAGUGUUAAUCUGUGGUUUCGGGGCAUCUUAUGCUUUGCUUCAUUUUGCCAUAACCUACAGUAUUUAGCUCUUCUCAGCCUCCAGCUGCAUCCGUGUAAUAUGUAUGUAAAUACAUACUUAUGUAAAUGGCAUGUUGCCUUUAUGUUGAAACUGAUCCCAGAGAGAUUUCAGAAAUUAAUGCAAUGUAAAGCCACAGGCGGGGAAGACUGCCAGUGCUGACUUCACUAUCUUCUGGUGUUUUCACUCCGACUGUCUUUCUUGUUGCAAACACUGCUUUGAUAUACAAUUUUAAUGAUUCAGUUUUCCAAAAAACUCCAUUUCACUUUGGCCAAAAAUGAAGAUAUGAGUUAAUUUGUCACAUUUCAAAAGAGAUUUGCUGACCUUUACGGAGUGAGGAGGUUGAGAGGAUAGUGCAUCUAUCUAAGGUUGGGUUAAAGAGGAUGAAUACCAUCACACCCUAAAUAGGUCUACAGUCAGAUCUGGUGUAAUGUGACAUCAUUUGUUGCUUUUAUUUAGCUGCAGUCUGUAUACUCUCUGUGUGAGAGGUGCAGGCUUAAAAGGCUGGCAUAUGGACUUUCCAUUAUCUGUGUCUGAUAUAUUGAGGGGUAUUUAAAGUGAGAGGCAAAUGGGCUUAUGUGAUUUCCUUUUUGUGCACACACAAUUAUGUUUUUUUCCCCCAUCAGACCUUCAAACUUUUAGCCGUGCUCUGUGUGGAUGCCCCCAGGCUGUGUCAAUCUGCAGCUCUCUUGUCUGUCAUUAAUGUCUCUCCAAACAAUGAAUUGCUCCAGGACACAGUUUGAUAGAAAAGAAAAAUACAUUCCUCCUUUCUGCAGACCUUGAAAGAUUGUCUGCAGAAAUUGCUACAGUGGCCCGUGUCUGACCUCUGUAAACUGCACCAAAGAUCAAAAUCUGGACAGCUGGAAAGCCGCACACACAAGAAAUAAACAACCAAGCAUGGAGCAGUUUCUCUCACUGAUCAACAGUUGUGGAUUUGGAGCAUCCAGUCUAAGCAAGAAGAAACAACGGGUGUUACACUGUGGCAGCCACAAGCUCCACAACUCUGUGUAAUUGAUUUGGUAAGCCUGAAAGCUCUGAGGUUGCGGCGCACAUGGAAUUGAAAUGCGCCAUGCUGCCCUACAGGCAUUCUCAUAACCUAGUGCCAAUAUUGCAGGGAGCUCCCUGACAAACAGGAGCGACUGAAGCAGACAACUGUGGAUGGAAACAGAUACACAUCGCUGUGAUAGUCCAACGUUCUCCAUUCUUGGCUCUGAUUGGUUGAAAUCGCAGGUCUGCCAGUGAUCUGUUUUCAGUGUUUCUGCCUUUAAACUGUGAGGGCUACACUCAUAUCCAACACUGAGAUUUGGAGCUGAAGUGGCCUCUGAAUGCCAGCAUCUGUCACAACAGAGCAUGCUUGUGAAUACAGUUCAGUGGGUUAGGACCAGUGGUCCCAUGGUGGGCCAUGACUCUAGUCCCUCUACAGCACUAAUGAAGAGUGUACAUUAAUUAAUAUUUAAGCUGCCCUUAUGAAUAUUUCAUAAGUUAUGUGGUUUGCUACAUUGAACUUAAAUUAUAAAUUAAGUGUUAAAUGUAAAUCCUGCUGGAUUGUAUAAUGUGCCCUUUCUAUAUCUCUGCAUCUCAGAGCGUUUCACUGUUCACAUGCAGAACGAUUUCAGGGAAACAUGAGCUUCAGUUCGGCUGAAAAACACUUCCUCUAAUGAGUGUGCACACUGACAAAAACUGCCCACUCCCUGUAGGCAUGGGGAUCUAAAAUCAAUGGAUGGAUUGUUUUUACUAUAUUUCUCAUGGCAGAUCCAUGAACAGGAUGCAAACAACAAUUUGCGAAGACAUUGUUUAUUGUGUGUGCCUCAGAAUGGGGAAGUGUCUUUGAUAAGUUUGACAACCCUGAUAAAAGUAUACAACCCUUAUCUGAACAGAACAAAGGAAAAAGAAGACAUUAUUCUUGAAAGAUUAGAUUUCGGCAUCUCAUUUGUUAGAUACUUACCAUCCCGAGCAGAGUGAAGGGGAAGAAAAUAAAAGAGGGAUUUAAUGAUAAGCCCAGAUUUGUUUCAUUGUGAGAGCAUGAUUUACACAGUUUCCCCACGAAGGCACGCACAAGGACGCAGAUUGGAUUUCAUUUUACUCCCACUUGAUAACGAAACAGCAGAAAGCACAUUAUAUAAAUUUAUUGGGACUUUGCAAGGCGUCAAAACACACCACAGGACUGUUGUUGAGAGUGAAUUUGGCUGACAAAGCCACCCUCCUUUCAGCUGCGAUCAGCCUCCCACCUGACAGCUUGAACAUGGAAACUUUAUCAGACCCCAUUGCCCCCAUUUCACCAGGACGAAUUUAGUGCAUCUCACCUCCUCCAGAAGCUCUCUGCAACCAUUCAUCUGCUGUGAUAGAUUGGUUAGAGUAGCACUGUAUCCAAUCAAUGCAUUCCAUAGCUAGGGGAUCUAAUGCCACCAGGUUCCUCCACUCCUGAGGGAUUCAUUCCCUGGUGAAAAUCACAAGACGUCACGUGACUGCCAGUGUGCUGUGACAAAUACUUGCCGGAGAGGAUCCCCGGGUGAAUGAGGCCCCUGAUUGCUGUUCCCCAGGGUCACUCUGAAAACCUGAGGCAUGCUUCUCGAUCUGAGCUCUUCCUGAAGCAAUCACUGCAGCCGAGGGGGGAGGCCUAAUGAAAUCAUCAGGACGAUUAGGAUGUGUGGCAGCGCUGCUUGAUCUGUCAAAAACUAUUGCUUGAGCAGGGCAAUUUAGAUUCAAGCUGUGCAACGACUUCUUCUUCCUUCAGAUUUGGUGUUCAUACUUUGGCUCAGCUGUUGUUGUAGUGUUAAUAGCAGUUUUAGCUACUGAUGUCAGUCAGUCUUUGUUACUCAUUUCAUCAAAUCCUGUGACCCAAAGUUUUAACAUCCUUUUGUUUUGUGCUGGGAGAGUUGAAAUUGGAACUAGUUUGCAUUGUGCAAGAGCAUGAAAUAUUCAUAAAAGAUCUCUGGAGUGAGAGAGAAAUUUCAAUUUGCUGUGUUUCUUCUGCGAAGCUCUUUUCCUAUCUUGUUCUGGGUUAAGACUGACCUGGGGCGAGCUUGCAGCUUUUAUCUCACAGGAUGGCUUGUGUGUGUGAGUGAUGUGUCGCAUCUGUUUUGGGAAUCAAGGCUGAGAGACACAGGGGUGCCAAGAGGAGGCACAUUCUCGUUUUAUUUCCCCCAAUUUUGGGGAUGUUAAGAUUGCAGGAGCAGAGUCUCACAGGUCGACGAAGCAGAUAAUUAUGCAUGAACCCCUGACACAGUGAAAAUGAGUUUGGAUCGCAGGAACUUGGCUUGUGGUGAUGUCGGUGUUAUUAAUAUAUAUUCAUUUGGGAUCCAUGGCAGCAGAGGGAGAUCCCAUGGAAACACAGUUGUGGUGCCAUGUUGGUGGAUUAUAACACUCUGCAUGUUGCCUGUGCCAUCUGAAAGUGUUGAUUGGAAAGACAGGAAAAGUCAUGAGUGUGGUGCAGCUAUUAGAAAUCAAAGCAGUCCCUCGGGGAUCACCAGUAUCAAGCUGCCUUUGUCACUAUUUUCAGAGAACCUUGAGGGUCAGCGAGGUAUGUUAUCCUAUUUCUGUGUCAGGAGAUAUUUGACCUGAUGUCACAGUUUGUUCAGGAAAUGUGAAAGCUGGUGGCAGAUUUAUAAAAGGUGUGACAGGUUGUUUGGUAGAAAUCUCAUCAAUUGUGCACAGUGUGUUGAAGGGCUCUCACUUGUUGACGUUAUAGCCUUUGGCCUUGACAAGCUACUUAUUGUCAGCACAUUGUCUUAUCUGAACUAGAAAUGUUUCUGUAAGAUAAAUGAAACUGGAAAAUGUCGCCAAAAGGACAGUUUUUCACUGUUGGUGAGAUUUUGUGUGUGUUUGGAGUUUCUGUACAUGCACACAGUUUAUUUUGACUGUAGGGAAACAGAUUGUCAGUCAAAAUAUGUGAGCUGUUUAAGGUGAAUUAAACAACUGGCUACGAAACAGUGUCAAAGUUAUCAGUUAAUCAAGUUUUAUGUGAGUAAAUUUCCUUUUCUAUGGUAGAUAACAAAUGCCAUAAAAUAGAUGAGUGUUUCUGAUGAAGCAGGGCCAACCUGAAACCAGCAGAAGGAGCACAACUUGAUAAAGAAAUAUGAAAAAGUGAGUAAUUGAAAGGGAUCUGUUGGUAUGUGGAUCCCAGAUCACAGAAAACAGCUUGUUUGUGCAGAAACAACAUCACUAAAAAGGUGAGAAAAGUAAUUGGUGUGGCCUUUAUAAAUGGCAUUAACUUGUCAAAAGCCUUACAUAACAGACAUCCUGGCAGAUCAGGUGAGUUUGGUGCUGCACUUUUUGGAAAUGUCACAGAGACCACAGCACCAAAUGAGCCUCUUUUGUGCUUCAUAAAUGGCGUCUGUUGACCCAUACAAGCUGGACAACAUCUGAAACAGUUCAUGUUUGUGUGCCAAGAAGACACGCAAAGCUGGUGGCAGAUUUAUAGACCCCUGCAUGGACUGGAGGGUUAUGUUUGUGCCCACUAUCAUUGUCAUGUAACACUUCAGAUACAAAAUAGUAAGAGUGAAAGAGGAGAGAAAAUGAAAUCUACUCCUAAAUCUGUGAAAUAGUGAUUGGUUGGAACAAUGUAAAAGUGGACGGCUCUUCAAACUGCCUUGAAGAGAACUUCAGUUUCUUGUUGAUGUUUGCUCAAAAAUUCAGCUGGCUUGCUUGAAUUGAAGAGGUUUAUGAGAUAUGUGGUGUCUCCUUUAAAGCCCUUUGAGAAAUGUUGUGAUCCAUAACACCCCCUCACUUAGAUGUGCAAAGAGGUUUACUUACAUCCCUGGAGAGGAACUGGUACAUUUUUAGAUAAGCAGUUCAUCAAUCUGGGCUUAGGAGACUGGACUAUAAAUGCUGCUGUUAUCGACCUCAAUUAGAGAUAUCAACUAAACAUUUAAAUGUCGUCACCCUCAGUUGGCACUACGUUUACAAGGCCUUGAAACAAACUAUUAAUAUCUAUCUAAACAAGCAUGACAGAUUGCAACUCAUAAUGCAUUGUGGUUUUGUAGUUUUGUCUCUGUGUCGAGUCAAACUGACAAAUAAUAGUCUGAUUAGGACAAGGUGUAACCAGCACAGGCAUGUGGAUGUUAACUUAAGAGAACCAAGGCCUAGUGGCGCUUACUCUACUCACAUUAACCAUAUGUAUCUAGAUCAAAAUACCGCCAUGACAUCUGUGCUUGUUUACUUCCAGGUGGGAGAGCAUUGUUGUGCUAUGGCAGUGGCCAAAACUGGAACUACUGCUCUGGCAAGAGGAUACUCUUAGACCCAGCAUUUCGUACAUACAGUAAUAAAAAUAUUUAUAAUUUAUUUUAGGGCUGCUGCUAUCAAAUUUUUUAGUAAUUGAGUUUUAUACCGAAUAUUCCAUCGAUUAAUAGAGUAAUCGGAUAAAACGUAUAUUUUAGUUAAAGUGCAAUUAUCGCUGAACAAUCGUGGAACAAGUGUGUGUGUAAGCAGAUUGCAAUGCUAAUUAUGAUAUUAACUUUCAUCAUGUUCCUAAAGACAUUAGUGUCCGAGAGCUGAAUAGCUCCUAUGUUACCUACUUCUUCUACUACACUGGCAUUGUUAGACUGCAAGCUAGCAUUAAGAGGAGUGUGCAGAGCAGCGCUGUCUCCGCCCAUGACUCAGAGGUGAAUUGCUAAUGAGCCCCUGGAGCGCUGUCGAAGAAAGGCCCCUCUCAUCGUUAAUUUUUUUCCUCCAAAACCGCGCUUACUCCUCCGUCUACCAUGGUGACAUAAGCGCGUUGUGUCACCUUAAUAAUCUUUGCGAAACAGUGAUGAUUUUAAUUUUAUAAAUAAGUACUCAAGGUAGAGAAAAUUCCUCAAUCAUUUUUUAUAAUCAAGGUGCUUGAGGAAUUGUUUCAGCAAAGCAAAGGUACUUCAAGGGCAACAUAAUGUAGCUGACCACCCUUUGUUUGGCACAUCCCUGAUAUUCACAGUCCAGCAUGAUUAGUAAGCAUGUUUAUAAGAUAAUCAGAUUUACAGUUCAAGUUGGUCUCUUGUAGUUAAUUUUACUACACAACUAUCCAGCUGAUUUCUGCUGCCUCCUAUUGGGACACAACAUGAGCCAGCCUCCAAUUAGAAAGCUCCUUUUUCUACUCCAUCCAUAAUCAUACUUCCUUCUCACAUCAAUUAGCGUGGUAUUUUCUGUGAAUUUGAUAUGUUUUUUGAUGAGGUUUUCCACUGAGAUUGAUCUUCUCUCCCUCUCUGCCUCUUAUAGCUCCUCUCUGCACAUGACUGAAUUCACACUUUUCUGUCCCCAUUUAAUGAUCAGUUAUUGUCAGUUCAAAGCUGCAGUAUCUAUGGAUUUUGAAUUGAUCUUUCUAAGCUUGAUUUGUUUUCCAGUGUACAAAAUAAAAUACUCUCUAUCUACAGUCUGUGAAGUGCAUUGUUGGCUUAUAUCUGUGGAGAUAUGUGCAGCAUGGGUUUUUCAUUGGCGUGAAUUUACAGAUGGCAGAGUGCAAAGUGCUCCAGCCAUACUGUAAACUAUCAGAGGAUUUAACUUCCUCAGCUCCUCUUGAGAGAAAAACACCCCCCUCCGCACAAACCUCGAGCUGUUACAUCAAGCAAUUAGCAGUGGAGUUAUUCCCUUGUGGGAUGUUAGUCACACACCAAAAGCUGAUCUGAAACAGAAAGCUCAAGCCUAUCUCCAUCCUCAUUUAUUAUUACAACCACAAGAGCAGUUUUAUGACUGAAAUUCUGUCAGUGCCCGCGAGACGGUUGCCUGGGGAGUGCUCUGCUGCAGGUACUAGGGGCCUGGAGAGAUCCCAGGUUGAACAGAAACUGAAUAAUUAAACAGAUGGAUGAGGAGAAGACACCUGGUGCCAACACUGUGAAGGUCAUCAGACGUGUUCACAUGUAACAAAUAAAGGGAUUAAGUAGCAUUUUGCACGUUGAAUAUAAUGGAUUAGUUUAUGAGAUAAGGACGUGAGCAACAUAACUUGACGCCAUCUUCUAGGCGCUCAGCUACGCAAUAAAGAAAGAUUUUUUUGAUAAUUGUUUUAAAAAUUGGAUGGAUCAAUGUUGCUUCUUGAGAGCAUGUACCAGAUGAGCUCUCUUGUAUGGUGCAUGUACGUAACAGAGUUUUUCAUGAAUCAUAAAACAUCCCCUCAGGGGUAAUGAAUUUUACAAUGUAAAUAAUAGGAUUCUUCCGGUCUGUAAAGAGUCAGCAGACCUGAACGCAGGCUGCAUAUAUCUUCUCUGUUUGUUUCCCUCUCUCUUUGACCCCUGAAAAGCUGCUUGAGGGCAUCUUAGACAAACCGUAGCCCUGCUGACCCCUCGGUGUGUGAGUGGAAAGAAAAUGUCUGCCCUCAGUCAAAAGACAAGAGGCCAUAGGAGGGAGGAGAGGAGGAAGUAAAGUGACAUAGUAGCCUUGAAAAUUUAAAACAUCCUUCACUCUCUCCCUACAGCGGCCCCCCCACUGUCUAUAAUGUAAUAUAGAGACUUUCCUUCCUCUAACCCAGUCGGGAACUUGACUUUCAAGCUCGCAUUUGCCGUGUCCUUUUAAGAACCAAUGAGGCGGCAGCUCAUACUGGAAUUGGCCAGCAUGCUUCAAGACUAUCUCAACCACCCCUUGCAGCUGAAUUAGAUGCUGUUUCUCCAAGGUGCCAAUUAUGAUUUCGACAACUCUAAGAAAGUAGAGGAGAAUUAAGGGGCUGUCUGACAAUAAGGCUCUGCGGGUGCAGGAAUUAAUGCCCACAUUUCUGAGUUUAAUGAUCAGCCACAUGGACCGGGGAGCUGCUAAAAUAACUCCAGGGAGCAGAGCCAGUGGCAGCUCGUACUCCUAACAUGUUCUUUUAAACAGGAGUGUGGCAGCCAGCCUGUUAGAGGUCACACUUCGCUUUAGUGGAAACAUUUAUCAACAUUUUAGCCAGGCUAAAUGAGUCUUUGACACACUUUCAAAGCCAGAAAUUGUUCCUUUUUAGAGCACAUGCUUCGGCAGGGUAAUAAUUCACUUGCUGAUUUUCCUGGCACUGUUUUACUGAUAUGAGUGUGCACAACCAAUUUCACCAAGUGUAAUUCCUUGAUGAAUAAACUUCUUCAUUAUUGCUCUGUUUAGAUGAUUACACAGAGAAAGAAAGCUGUUAAUUUAUUUGCCUUGAUUUCCCAAAUUAGAUGAAAUUUUAAUUCUUGUUUUGUUUGUUUUAGAUUACAUAUUGUGCCUUAGAGCGUGCCCUUCAAUGGGGUCUAAUAUUAAAUGCACCAUUCAUAAGAGCAGAUUGUAUCAGAGUUUUACUGAAGGUGGUAGAUCAAGAGGAAUAAGGAAACAGAUUUCUUUCUUAUUUUUUAUUAAUGACUUUCAAGUAACACAGGCAUGGUGACAGUGCUGGAGCAUGAAACAAGUGUGUAAAACUUUGGUUUAAAAAGCAUCUCGCUCUGAUUACUUUUGCCCUACUUUCAAUGAAACUUUGACUACACUCUUUUCCAGGGUAAUGAUCUUCUGUUAUCCCACUGAGAUUUGACAUGUGAAGAGAGUAUCUUACUUAACAGUCACUUCAGUGAAGGCAGACAAUUCUUUUGGAUGUGUGACAUUGUACUGUGUUCACUGGCUAUAUGCACUGUGAGAUUUUGGUGUAUUUUGAUUUAGUUUAUGCACAAUAUCUAAUAUCUAAGUGCUGGUAAACAAUAAAGGUUUGCUUGAGAUGACCGACACAGAAUGUUCUGCAUUUUAUAUGUUAAAACAUUCAGAUUAUGUACACCUGAGGGUGAAAAGGGCUAAGAUUUCAGAGAGCAAAGAUGCAUAUUUAUGUACUUGACUUUCCAUUUCUAACUAAAAUCUCUCUCUUAAACAUACAAACAUUUCACACUUUUGACUUUUCGAUUGUCAUUUAUUCAUUUCUUGCAGCGCUCCUGCAAAAGCAAUGGUUUCAUUUUUAUGUGAAAAUCCUCACCCAGCCGCGGGGCUGUCAAACUAAGAGUACUCACUGGACUUAUGUCAAAAGUCCAGAUAUCCUCAGCCGAACUUAUGUCACCAGUACUGUUCGAGACAUGCCGUAAACUGCUCUUGCUCUUGAGCAAAAAAUGCUCAUAUGGUACUGUAAAUUAAGUGGCUAAGCCAUUAAAGCACCAUUGCCCCUGGUUAACGUUCAACGCUUUUCAAAUGCCUGUUUAAUUGACCAUAUUCAACAUGGUCGUGGUGAAACGGUGGCCUUCUUCAUGCUCAGAGUGGGAAACUUUUAUAAUAAUAUGGUGUACUGUAUUAUGACUGUGUUCAAUCUCAUAAAUCAUAUGAACCAUUAUUUAGAUAAAACCUUUCAUUCUCAUACAUUCAAAAACAGCCACAAAUUGGUCCAUUUUUGAAGUUAAAGACACACAUUUGACGACCCAUUAGCUAACAUCAUAACACAACCUACAUUACCUUUCAGCCACUUCCCAUCACAAUGGAAGAACAGAAACAUUCGCAUGAGUGAAAUGAUUAAUUUAUGGAUGGAUGUCUCAGAAGUCCAGGUUGUAACCCACUUCUUGCCCAAUCACAGCUCAGAGAAGCUCAAGCCUCAUGACACCAAAUGGGAAAAAGUGGUAAAGAUAAUGAAUGUAUUUUUCAAGAGUGCCAAUAUUUAUGUUAGUGGAUGUCUCUACUCAUAUUAACUCGCCAGCAAUUCUGUGUUUAAAGUACCAUAUGGGUGGAUAUGUUUUGGUUCAAUAGGUGACCCUUCUGAGUGGUGAUUUUUAUCCUCUAACUACAACCACCUCCAGUAGACAGGGUCACUCCUCAAAGAGCGGGUAUUAUGCAUAUUUUUCAGACUCUAUACUUCCUUUCUGGUACCUCUUUAAUUGCUUCACAUGAUUGUAAGAUUAAAAAAAGGUUUGUGUUUUUCACUCUGGUUUAUUCAACUACCAUUUUAUCAUCUGAAAUGCUUUGUUUUAGCUGCUGUCUCUUUAAGGUUCUCUUCACGUACCUACUUUCUUCUGAUUGGCCACCCCUCCAAAGGCUUUCUGGUGGUUCGUUCCCGAUGUUUUGGGCCCUGUAGUUAAUCAGUAGAGCAGCAGAGCAGUGUUAUCUUGGUCCACAUGUUGUAGGAGGCAGGCUAUUCAGGCUAUUGAUAGAUGAACUGGUAAAGAGAGCCUAUUGUGAUGACAUCAUUAGUGAGUCUUAUUAAGGUAUUGAGUGAACUCUCAAUGAACUGUUUUGAUCAGUUAACAUCUGUUUUCUAAGAUUAUGACAACAUAUGUUUAUGUCGUGAUUUGCAUACAUUUGCAUACAUCUAGUAUGAACACCAAACCUUGUAACUUUGCAUGUUUUGUUGUAAAUAUGGAAAGCAUGACACUACCCCUUUAAUCAUAACGCCUGUGGUCCAACCUUCCCAAUCAUAAGCUUGAGCAAAUUGAGGGAUGAGGAAUCUUAUUUGUGUACCAGGGAUUUUCUUUGAAUAAAUCAGAUUAUUGAGGUUUAUGCAAUUUACGACCUGGAAUACAAUGAUAACAAUAUGACUUUUCCCACUCUGAGCAUGGUGUAAGGAGAUGAGUGCUGUGGGAAUAUGGUUUCUUAGCACCUAGAGACUGUUGUGUUAGACCUUUAAGACUAUGUCCUCCACCCAAAAUUCCUUGCUGCACAUGUUUUGCAAAUUCCAAGCAUGUUAUUCUCCUCUGAAAUGCUCAAAAUAUCCAUACCCGAGAUUCUCAUCAGCUUGUUGCACCUGCGCUUGUUUUCCUGUUCCCCAUGAUAAUGCCGAUCACACACUGCCAACACACACACACGCACACAGUGGAUCCCUCUUGGAAAAAACUCAUCAAUUCUUCCCAAAACAGAAAAGUGAGUUUCAGCCAAUCCAGACUUGCUUUUAGGAGUAGAAGUCAAACAUAAAAGAUACAGGAAGCAGUGGUUUUUGUGUUGUACUUUCUCCUCUAGUGUGAGAAAGUGAAUAGGAUGAUGGACAAGCUAAUUGUUGAAGUAUCAUGGAUGCUGAAGAGUAACAGGUGAACACAAAGAGGCUGUUAGUCAUGGAUGACUGUGUUAUCUCUACUGAUAAUUACAUAGACAGUGUUCUAAUUGUAGACGGGUCAGCCCAGGGCUAAUACCAAACAAAGCUGCAUUUCUUACCUCCUCACAUAUCUCUGUGACAGAGGAUUUUGUGUCCAGGAAUGCUGAAUUAGGUGUACAUGAAUGACACCCCUUUGCUUGGAUUCAGCCCUGAAAUCUCAUCUAUAUUCAUUGAAAUCCUGUGGUGCCCUACAGGGACAGGGAUUGUUCUGAACUGCAAGCUAGUUAUUUAUCGACUCUGCUCACAGUCAGGGAGCAAGAAAAAGACAUAUUUAUAGGUUUCAGCAUUAAACUGAUAUGCAUAUGGGACCAUUGUAACCAUCUUGAAAAUGUCUCUCAUCUAAAAUAUUGAAUGAAGUGAUUGAUGGUUGACUCCAUUUGUAGCACCCGCAUCUGUUUUAAAGGUUAAAUCUUGCUUUUGUGGAUCUGGUACAGCACCAGCACAAUAAGUAAACGAGUCACGAGGGAGCUUAGAAAUCCCUCUGUCUCCCAGAAAAACACAUAAAGUCAAGCCCGUGUGGCUAAAAAUAAUGCUGGAAUGAAUAAUAUUAAUGCUGAUUGCAUCUGGAAUGAGUCAAUGGGCCAAUCAGAGAGCUGCGCGGCUUGAAAAGGUGUUUGAUGAUCAUCACUGUGAGAAUGCUGGGUAGCUCUCUCCAGUGGGUAAUGCUGUGAUUAUUUAAAGGUUUGCAUGAUUGUAGGCUUCCCGAUAUGCAGUAGUAGCCUGAUUCUUGACUGUGGUUUCUGUGGCUGAAUGGGAACUAGUCUAAUUGGUGUGACAUGCAUCCUCAUGGGGCUGUAGCUGUGCAGUGUUUGAUUAGAUCAGAUAUAUGCACAUAUGUAACACUCUCUCAGUGACUCAAGGAUGUUUCAAGAGAUGUGUUUCAACCUGGCCCCUGGCUGAAUAUAAACCUGUUCAGAAAAACAGAGAAACAUAUUGUUGAGAGUGGUAAAGUGGUAUAAUCUCAUAGUGUAUGCGCUCGGUGGUGUAGCUUGUUGCGUCCUGCCCUGAGGACAGAGUCAAACAGCAUGACUCUUCACCUCCUCACUCUGCAGCACUGCUAAGCUGUGAUAGAGCUCGAUGUGUUAAAUGUCACACUUUCCACAGUGUUGUUAUCCUCAGAUUACGAAAACUGAAUAUCCUCCAUUCAGUCCUAAAAGGCACCUAUCUGAAAGUACUUUCAAAAUAAACCCCCUGAUCCUAAUAUACUUUGAAGGGAGAGGAAGUAGCAACCAAUCUGCAACAUUAUGAUGUUUUGGGGCUAAAAUUAUAGAAAAUUAUAUGUGUUUUGCACUUAUUGUUUGUCCAAUUUAUUGUCAAGCUGUUUUUCUGGGAAAAAAUGGUCAAAAUUUGUCAUAAAAUUGGUGAUAAAUCAGGACACAGUGAUCAAAUAUGAUUGCAGUUUUUAGGAUUCUUUCUACAAAGCUUCAUUUUUGAUCCAAGCUGGGACAAAAACAACAGAAGAGACAAUAAAUAAAACAUGUGGUAUGUGCAUGUCAUGGUUGUCUUUUCUGUGAUUGCUUUUUACUGUUAUGAGCAAAGAUGCAACCUCCCCUCUUAUUGCCCAGAAAGAAAAUGCAGUGAAUAUACAGCCUUGGUGAAGGUAUAUCUGCACAUUUUGGGAUGGUGCCUGUUUUUAAUGGGCAGCUCUGCCUCCAGGUCCUCUCUAUCCUUUCACUGAACUUUAAUGUGCUAAUUUUAUUGCACAUGGGAAACAAAAACUCAAGGACACUGCUUUUAGUUAAAGCUCUGUGUAGCUGUGAAUUUCUAUGUCAUUAUCUUUUAGGUCUUUUGCAUGAGAUGUUCAGAAAAGAAGCUUUCACAAGAAUAUGAAAUAAAAUAAGGCAUCCCAACAGUUACACAACACUUCUUUACAGUGAAGUUUAUUAAACCAACAGGAAAACUUACUAGUCUUUGGUUUUAACUUACAUUUGUUUCAUUUUGUUACAGGAACCUCUUGGACAGAGACACUUUCUCCAAAUCUGAUCCAUGUAAGUCCACAGCUUUUUUAUUUUCUCUGGUGCUGGUUAUAAGUCAGCUCUUCUUACACGUCACAGACACCUCCUGUCCUCUUGUGAAGCUCUGGGGCCUGUGUCCAGUAUUGGCAUUUUAGAUAAAUAAGAUGGGCAUCAUUCUCAAACAUAAGCAGCCACUUCAGCCCUGAAAGUUUUACCCUCCAAAAAUGGAUGUGGUUAGUUUCUCCUCUGUCUAGACCCAACCAUUAUAGUUGGCGAAGUAAGAGUGCUGUGUGUUCACUUACAAAAAAAAAGCUGAUGCUGGUGCCGAUUUUUGCACCUUGGAGGCUGAAAACACUAAUCUGCUUUUGUUUAUCUUGGAAAAAAAGGUGCUACCAGCUACCUAUUAGUAGACACAGGCCCUUAUUUCUCACUUUUGCUGAGCUUAGCUUUGAUUCAGUUUGCUCUGCAUUUUCAAAGUGUCCCUUCAAUAACUGCAUAUCAUUUGCACAGUAAUGUGACAAAGAGCAACAGAAAGUUCCUUAAUGGCAGGGUGCACAAACCAGCCUUUGAAUACCAAUGGGUGAGACACACUGGGAAUACCAUAAAGGUGUUUCCUUUGAUGCUUCCUGAAGAAAAGAGCUCGGAGAAGACUUGAAAAAAAUACAGAGUGGGUUCAAGCCUUUUGUGUAAAUAGGCUACUAGGAAAAUAUCACACUGGCCCUGUUUGGUGUCUGUCUGAAGAUAAAGCUCUGGAUAUAUGACAGGUCAUGUCUCCCCGUCCGCCUGCCUCUGCUUCAUUUAAAAUCAAAAAGGGAACAGGAGAAUCUCACGGUCAAGAAAUUGUGUUUUGAUUGCACGGCUUAAAUAGUGCACCAUAAAUCCUCAGUUCUGCUUUGGAGCUUUUUUCUUCCCGGUGCAGACAUCAUGCCCAGAAUUUGAUGUAGCACAACAUCAUCUUGCCAGGCUUUUCACUCUGCUGUCAAGGCGGGAAGGAUAAUUGAUGGUAAAUGUCAGCAAAGGAGGAACAAAACAAACAACAUUUAAAGAAGCAGGCUGCUUGAUUGAGGUGGUCUAGUAAUGAUGCAUUCCCGUGCUUUCUCUGUUCUCUCUUCGCAGUGGUGGUGUUGUACACACAGGGUGUGGAGUGCAAACAGUGGAGAGAGGUAAGUGAUCACAGCCAUAAUUAUGUCAACAAAACUCCAUCAGUCUGCCUCCUCUUCAUGACAGCUCAAACUUUGUUUACACCCCAACAUCCCCCACCCCCCUUCCCUUAUCUCAAGGUAAAUGCUUUGAGUGCCAAUCAUUGACAUUGAUUGACCCUGUGAAUGUUCAUACGCUGGUCAGCACUGUGUUCAGUGUGACUGAUGGGCUGAUUAAGGUGACAGCUUCUUGUAUCGAUAAAGGUUUACCUCUGUGAGACAGCCCCUCUGGCUGUUCACCACUUGGCUUUAAUUAGGCCGGAGAGCCAGAUAAAGCAGAGGAAGGCACAGAUUGUGGCAAGACAAAGGGUCCUUCUGGGAUUAUUAUUUCACCACUGUACUCUCAAUGGUCAGGCAUACAGAGAAUAUGGUACUUGCAUUACAUCUCCAUGGGGAAUGGUUGACCGAAAAAUUAAUUCACUCCUUUUGAUCGAGCUCCAUCUUGAACAUGUAGCAAUAUAUUGAAGUGAGCAGAGUCAGAAAUAAACACGAUCAAUACUUUACAUUCACGCUGCCUAACAGCAGAGAGAUAGUUUUUUUGCUCUCAGAUCUUGUUUGAUUGAACAGGAUCGCUGUGUUUAUUGACUGGAGCGACCUUGCUGUUCUGUGGUGCGACACCACGGAUUCAAGAACUGAAAACACUUGCCUACACGAUGCAAAGGUUACGGUUAUAUUCUUAGAGGUUUCAACCUUACAACACAGGUGGAUAACAUGAAUUUAAGAAAUGAAUGAGAAAAAAAAACAACAACUUUCUUACAAUCAAAUGGCAAAGCAGCACUUUGCCUGUAGUUGCUGACCUGAUAUACCUGGUUGGACUGUCUCUGGUACGUACAAUGUAUCACCCCAACACAACUCAUUAAAAGCUUGACCUUAAAACCAAGUCUAAAGUUAUAGCACUAUUUUGGCGAGUCACUUUUUUGCUUUAUGCUGUACCACUCUUGUGUCAGUAUCGAAGACUGAGAGCCAGAAGAUGCUUAAAAACAGCUAGCCAUUCUCUGCUCACGGAUAAAAUGUAGUGCCCAUCAGCUUGGGAUGGGUUAUGGUUUUUAAACUUUAGAUAUUCCUUUGAUAUUAAGACAUCAAUCUUCAUGACUACUAUCUCAUCUUAAAAUAUAAGAUUUUUUCAAUUGUUUUUAGCAGUCCCUGGUUGUAAUGUUAUACAAAUGCUGGAUAGCAGCUGUCAUCAUCUUAAAGCUGUUUUUCAUACACAAGAAAUAACAGAAGAAGAAGAAAGCAUGAGUGCCAGAUGCUGGUAAAAAUUUGGAGCUGGAGAGACUACUGCAGGCAUCAAACAGUCCUGUUCUUCUGUCUGAAGAACAACCAAAUAUAAAGCUAAAGCCAACUAUUCAAGAAGAGGUAGAAUAUAGAUCUCUAAACUAGCUGGCAUAUCUGCUGUAAGUAUGCAGAGUCUUUGGUCUUUCACUCCCUCUUCUCCUGACCACCAGCAUUUCUAAAGCUCAUUUAGUGAUGUGUCCCAGACAGACAUUUUUCUGUAUCACUUGGAGCCUACAGGUCAGAGUCAGCUACUUUGUCCCGUGGCGUGCCUCAGGGUACGGUGUAGGGGCCACUUUUAUACAUUAUCCCUCUAGGCCAAGUAAUUUAAUCAACCACCGUUAUGCUGAUGACACUCAGUUAUAUGUUUCUUUUAAGCCAGAACAAAAAGUCUUGUCUUUGCCUUUAACAACAUUGCAACUAGACUCACUUUUGCUUUAGGCUCCCUCUCUACCUCUUUGAAGACAUAUGUCAAAAACCUUGGCACUAUUUUUGAUCACAGAAUUAUCUUCAAUAGUUGCAUCACAUCUUUAACUCAUUCAUGCUGAGAAAGAUCUUAAAACCCAGGCUCAUGGUUUCACAAACAGAAUUAGAAAUGUCGGUCCAUGCUUUUGUUUCAUACCAGCUUGACUAUUGUAAUUCCCUCUUCACACGUCUCAAUAAAUCUCUCUUCGCCAUCUUCAAAUACUGCUGCAAGACUGUUAACCAGAUCCAGCAGGACAACCCACAUCACCCCUUUUUUAAUUUUCUUGCAUAGGUUGCCAGUUAAAUUCAGAAUUAAUUUCAGGAUCCUUGUGUUAACUUGUAAAGUCAUUUAUAAUCAAGCUCCAGUGUGUAGAUCUGAGCUGCUCCACCCUUACAUCACUGGCAGAUCCCUCAGGUCCUCUGACCAGGGUCUACGUGCUGUUCCCUGUGCCAGACUGAAAACCAAAGGAGGUCUUGCCUUUGAACUUGUAGCCCUGACUCUCUGGGACUGUCUGCCUCUUCAAAUAUGCAGCACUGUCUCCUCUGAUGUUUUUAAAAAGCAGCUCAAGACACAUCUGUUUACACUGGCUUUUGACCAUCUGCUAAUUAUUUCCUGAUAGUGUUAUAUUUGUUACCAUUGUUAUUUUAAAUUGGUUUGUAUUUAUUCUUCUCUUUAUUGUUGUUUUUACUAUCAUUGCUAUUUUGCAAAGCACUUUGUGACUCUGCUUUGUGAAAUAUGCUAUACCAAAUAAACUUAUUUAUUGACUUGAUCUGGAGCAGUGACAUUGUGAAAUCUCUGCUGGUUACCUGUCAACUCACCAACAAGCCCUCCAAGUAUGUUUCUGCAAAUAUAGUCUUCACCCUCAUACAAAGGAUUCGGGACACACGUCCUUCUUCCAAACACUGUCCUCCCUCUCAGGGGUCUAAAACUCUGCCAAACUUGUCUUCACAAAGACUUGAGUACAACCCUGCACACAAACAGAAACUAUAGCUUAACAGUAAAUCUCAAUGAUUGUGUGUUUAUGUUGAAUAUAAUGUGUCUUAUGUGAUGUGUUUGACUUCCGUGUGGUGAAGUGCCUGUGAUUGUCAUUUUUACUAACCUCACUGCACAAUAAAUCCCCAGCAGAGGCAAUUAACACAAAUGAUUGAUUUAAUAAUGGAUGUGCUGGAUGUUCAAUCAAUAGUUAAAUGGAUUUUCUGAUUAACAGAGUGAGCUGAGUGUCUUAUUGCUUGUCUCUUUGCGGUGGUAAUAACUCAUAGGAAGUAAUACUCGAGCUUGGUUGCUGCUAUUUAUCAAAACUUUCAGGAAAGGUUAGCUGGCCUUUGCUAAAUGGGACUUACUCAAAACAUUUUUAAUCCUUGAUUAGAGCCAGAGAGCAGAAUACUGAUUAAAAUGCAUAUGUUGAAAAACAUCAUGUGCAUUUAGCUGGCGGGUAGAGCCUCCCACACCUGUCACCUUUGCUUACAGUGCCCCACCUCAAGCUGACACACUGUGGGUGCAGCCUGAGUGUGUCUUCUUCAAAGAGAUACAGCGUGUCUUUCUGGCUUUAUGAGCUUCAGAGUCAAGCUGAGUAUUAUUGAUAAAGCUAAGCACUACUUUUGCCCCUCUGUCAUGCUAGAGGUUUUUUAUUCUUCCCAGACUUGAAAUGGUUGAUUGCAGCGCCCUUCUACACCAGUCGUCUGGUAUUCAGCCAAUCUUCUGUUGGACAAACUCUUCCUUCUGGCAGCUUUUACAUCAAAUGAUUAUGAUAAACUGAGAUCUGAUUCUAGAGAGAGGUCUUCACCAGCUCCUGCUGAGACUUUGACUAAUGCCUCCUCAUCAAAUGUAUAAAAAUGUGGCUGCUGUCAGUCCCUCAGUUUCACACAGUUUUAAGUAAUAUUCUUAAACUCCUUCAUCAUUUAUACUGCCACUGCAUGAUAGGUUUUCCUCUUUUUAGUGCCUUCACUUUGCCGAGCAGCUGACACAAAAUAACCUCCCUCAAUUCAGCAAAUUCUGCCUUCCCUCUCCCAGUCAAACGCCAGGACGUUAAUCUUUUAACCAGGAUAAAUUUCCUGACAUUGUGGCUCACAUAUAUCUUCGUUUGGGUUAUUGGAGGUGAAGAAGUGCACACUGUCAGAGCUGAAAUGAAUCACAGCAGGUUUUUUUUUUUUUUUAAGUAGGGGUCGACGGUUAAUUGCGUUGCUUUGCAACUAUGGUUUAGCGGGCUGACUGUGCAUUCACCCAGGUAGGAAUAAUGUGUGCACUGAGAGAUCUACUAUUUCUCUGGGUGGCUGUUCUUUGCUCUGGUGCUGCUUCCUCCUUUGUUUUGUUUGGCCUGAGACCAGAUUGAAUAUUCUAGCGGCCCCCCUGUUGCCACAUCCAGCUCAUAUAAUUGAAAAAGACUUCCGCCCGUCUUGUGGAUCUUUCACCUCCUUUGUAUGUGCUGGAAGGCAGAUCUCACAUUUUCUGACAGAGAUGAGGAAGAAGAGCCACACAGUAGUUAAACUUUUAUGGGCUUAGACACACUUUCAUGUUGGAUGGCAGGUUACACUCCAGCAAAGUCCUCUCAGACUGUCAUAUGGUAUGAAGAAUUGAGCUCAGCUGUAUUUGUACAUUCAUCCUUAGUGACCUUGAACGUAAAGUAUUCUUCUGCUCCAGCACAACUCCCCUGUAAAGCCCUGCUUUGAGUCUUACCCCCACCUGAUGUAAUCACAAAGGCGUGAACCUGUAAUCCUGCUGUUUCAACUCCUCAUCAAGCUCUCACACUGCUAUUAUUAAUUCCCUGUGUCAGUUUAUGGUAAGCCUUUUUACUGCAGAUCCUUUAUUAAUGCAGCGCAGCAUCAUUUCUUCUCUCACUUUGAAUUAUUCAUUUUGGAUACAAUUAGUGCGCCUGUUCUUGUGCUGGGGGCUGCAACACUUUCGGUGUCUGUUGAUUUGUUUAUCAGUGUGUCAUCUCAUCACAGGGGCUCGCUCUAUAACACUGAUAAAUCACUUUUUAGUGUCUGUGCUGGCAGUUUUCCAUUCUCCUCUUAACUCUGGGGAAUAAGAGAGAGCCUGCCAUCUUCCCAUCAGUUGACAGUUUCUUUCUUUUAAGGGAAAUGUGAGAGUGAAUAUUUCCCUCUCCUCUUUUCCCAUUUCCUCAGCUUUGUUUUGAAGUGGCUCGGAGAGCAGUGGUGGCGUAAAUGUAGUAUUAAUUAAAUUAGUGUAAUUGGACUCAAUAAAGUGCUUUCCUCAGGCUUGCUCAACCCCAGCAGGAUAAAAAAAGCAGCAUAGAAGAGCUGACACUGUGUGAUCACUGACUCCUGUUAAUCAAAUCUAAGCUUAUCCAAAGUCGUGAGUUCACACAGUUGCUGGGGUAAACUGAAGGGGGUGGGCUGAGGUAAUAGAGCAGAUGUAGUUUCUGUGCGACUGCAUGAUGUGCUGUCUCAGUGCUGUAUGCUCACAUCUCCUUCUUCUGUUUUUUUCCCCCUCUCUCCUGGUGCUGAUCUAGUUUGGGAGAACAGAAGUGAUAGACAACACGCUAAACCCAGACUUUGUCAGGAAGUUCAUCCUGGACUACUUCUUUGAGGAGAAGCAGAACCUGCGCUUUGACGUGUGAGUUUCCGUUGAGCUUGUUCUCUGAGGACGCACACUCCACGCUCCACACUCACCCUCUCCGAACGCUGUCCUCCAUUUCUUCCUUUUGUUCCCAUCACAAAAAUUCAAAUCUUUUCCCCCAUGCACUCUUACUCUCUCUCUCUUGCCUCUGCUAUCGUUUCAUCCCUCUUACUCUUCCCUGUCUCUCGAUUCCUCUUACCUUUUCUACUCUUCUCACUCCCUCAUCACCAACUCGACUCUCCCUCUCUCUCUCUCUUGAGAAAUUAUUCAUUGGUGUAGUCGCUCAAUAGUCAUUUGUUGAAGGGAGAUUGGAAUAAGGGUGAUAAAUAUUUUAUACAAAGUUUUAUUCUUAAUCUCCCUGCUGCUAAGAAGAGCAAAUGUCUGAAAAACGGAGUCCCAUAAAAACGCACUUCGACCCCUUGCCCUCCCCUUCUAUCACAUAUUACUGUCUUCCCUCUCUUGAAAAGGCCAGACUAGUGAGAGGGUCAGGAAGGUGCAGUUUCAUUUUGAGAUCUCAGAGAACAGUGUCGGGAUCAUUUUCUCCACACCCCCUCUUUCCUCAAGGAGAACAGAUAUGCUUCUAAAAACCGUCCCCUUUAUUCCUCUCCCUUCAAGCAUGAGGUCUCUAGUGGAGUAGCUCUGCCAAAGAGCUGCAAGUCUCUGAGGAUUUUUAGGCACUUAAUGAAUUCAUUUGGUGUAUUACUAUAAUACAACACAGGGACAGCGCUAGAGGAGUUGCAUCCCCUCACAAUUAGUCGUUCUCAUUUACAUCUCUUUUUUAUCACAGAGGUGGGAGUCGGGGCAUCCUCAGAUUUAAUUACUUUAACAUUGACUGGCAGGUGCUUCAAACUUCCCUUGCUUUGGUAGAUGGUUUCAACACGAUCCCCCUGGCAAAGUACGGAAAUUACAUUCAUAAACUAUAGUAUGAGCUCUUUAAUUAACUGUCAUUAUUGCUUACGUUUUCUAUCUUUACCAGUCUUUCGCUUUUCCUCCCACAAUGACCCAGGUGUGUGAUUGACAAGUGGAAAAUGUCCACGCAGCAUCCUGUGUUCCUUUAUGAGCUCCUGUACAAAUAAGAGCCGAUCAUAUUUUCCACAUGCAGAGCCGAUUCUAGAGUGUGCUGGGGCCCCAAGCAAAAAUUCUCAAGGGGCCCCUCUGACAAGCGUUAAACAUAUAAAUGAUCUGAAACCAACAAAAGAGGUCAGAAACAGUGAAUUUUUUAAAAACAAUUAUCAUUAUUACUACAUAACUUUAAAAUGUUGCUCUAAAAUAGCUAUAGCUCUGGUAUGUUUUUACCACAAUAGCCAGUACCUCACCUUUGUUCUAAGAUUUAAUGCCCGAGACUUACUUCAGUAUGUUAAAUGCUCCAAAGUUGAUAGUCUUUCAUGCAGAAAGCACACUGUUUACUUCAGUAUGUUAAAUGCUCCAAAGUUGAUAGUCUUUCAUGCAGAAAGCACACUGUUUAAAUUUAGAUCUAAAUUUCAAAGCAUCAAUAGUGUCAGAGUUAGGCUAGUUAAAACACAACUUUCAUUAAUCAAUAACUACGAAACAGUUAACAGCCAGCCUCACAUCUAAUGCUAGUUAAAGUCUUUGCCACACUUUGCUAUCUGCUCCACUUACCACUAUCUUGCUUUCUCCUUUUUUCUGUCUCUUUACUUCUCUUUCUUUUCUCACUCCCUGAUAAGUAUCUCCACUUCAUGACUGAUUUUGACGUUGCUCUGAUUGACACACUUCAGUGAAGAGGGACGUAGAUCACAUAGCAGUGUGACAGGGAUGACAUGGGGCCCCUUUCGGGGGGUAUCUGUCUAAGAUGUUAUUGCAAUUCAACCACUAGUUGUUCGUUGCAAUAUUUCAGGACAUUUAUGCGGAGUAAGGUCUUGCCUGUUGACAAGCUCUGGCUCUGUCCACAUGUCUUCGCUCCAUUAAUUUGUGGUCUAUUUUUUUUUAAAUUUCAGAUACGACAUUGACUCUAAAAGUCCAGAUCUUGCGAAGCAUGUAAGUAAAGAACUUUCUCUUUUGAAUUUGAGUUCAACAUCACAUUUUCUCAUUAAAAUGCUUGAAUUGUUGUGGGUGCACACCUCUAUUAGUAAGGUUAUAUGCAAACCAACAUUAAUGGCAUCUAAAUGCUGAAAUAUACUUUUGGGUAAUGAAUAAAUUAUGCUUAACCUGAAAAGAACAUUGUCCAUUUUUCUUUAAAACCCAACUGCUUGGGUUUGCAAAUGAGUUAAAUGAGAAAUUUUAUUCCUCCAGAGCUAAAAUAAUCAGAGUUUCAUUUGCAUCUGGCAUCUCCUAGUUACCUUUAAUUUAAAUGAGAAAUGAAGCAUUGCAUAUCAUUAUCAAAGCCUCUCAACACAUUUCCCUGUGUGCGCUGUGAAGCUGUUUGCAGUUUAAAUGGUCAUUUGCAAGACAGGAGGCAUUUUCAGAAAAUACACAUUUACUUAAAUCGUUUGUUUGUCAGAAAAAGACAGCUCUUUAUCGAAGAAUAAACAUUCAAGUAAACAUUUACCCCAAAAUACACAGACACAUGAAGAAUAUAUUUGCAGUGCUUGGUUUGCAUAUGACAUACAAAACUCCCAUCUUCGGUAAUUCUUCUGUCACUCUGAAGCUUUUAUUGUUGUGUUUCUGCAUUGUGCCGCAUGCUUUUGAAACUGUGAGAUUUUUUCCUUUUCCUUUGCUCCUGUCCUUUUUUUGAGCUCUUUCAUUUUCCUCUUCACUCCCUCUGAGACUCUGUGACUCUUCACCCUUUGCUGUUACCAUUCUGCCUAACUGCUCUUUCACAUAUCUACUUUUGCUCUUCUUUCUUGCACUUUGUUGAUGACAGUCUGGUAUUUGAGUCGUGUGCCUUCUGUUCCAUGAUAUGCUCUGUUGUGUCACUGCUGCUGCCUGGUAUCUCUCUCUUCCUCUUGCUCCUUCUCCACCCUGGAAGCCAACCGACUUUAACGUACGUGUCUGCCUCAGAUGUCCUUAUUUAUAACUGUACAAUUUAUAUAACAAUGCUGAACUCCUUACCAACUCUCCUUGUUACCCUCGUGAUCCCCCGGAACACCCUCAUCCUUUGCCCCAAUACUGGUCUCUCUACAUCCCAAUUUGUGCUCCCCCCAUGGCAGGACUUCCUGGGACAGGUCCACUGCACUCUGGGAGAGAUUGUAGGCUCACCUGCUAGUCGCCUGGAGAAACCUCUAGGGUAAGUUUUCAUCUGACUCGGUUUAUGCUUUUGAUAUGCAAGUGGCGCACAAGAAAGACACUCAGAGCUGAGAAGUGGUUUUACUUCACCUAGCCUCUUCAGGAGACAAAUAGAGCAAUUUUGAACAUGCAAACACAAUUUUUCAGAUGUUGUCAAAUAAUGAAAACUCUGUGCCACCCCUCAGCUCAUGCAAGUGUUGCAUGUUUCUCCUGCUGGAUUCAACACGUUCUAGCAAAAAUGAGGUGAUGAUGGAUACGUCUGCCUUCUAGCCAUCUGUAUCCCACAUUACACUGCAAGAUUAGACCCGUGUGCUUGGAUGGGAACGGGUAAUUGAACACGACCAGGGGCUUCCUCAACACAAUUAGAGUCAUUAGGGAGGCGAUCUAGCACAGAGAGUGGGUUUGAGUCGGCAUGGGACACAUGGCACUAUCAGCUUCGCCUUGACAUAAAUUGGGAAAUAUGAAGCUGCUGGCACCCACAGAUGCGCGCAUGUCUUUUUGAGUUAUGUGUGUCUUUCGGCUAGUACGAGGGAGUUUGUGACAAACUAUGGAGCUUGUGUUUGUUUAUGUAAGAGUGUGCGGAUUUUGUGAAGUUUGAGGCAGAGCUGGCCCCAGCAGUGGGGGGUUUCUAUGAACAACAAGGCUUUGGUGUUGACCAUGAACCCUGUGAGGGACUGGUGGCUGUGGAUUACAGAGCUCAUUGCCCUUCAGUGCUGAAUAAGAGGAUGAGCAGGAUCAAGAGACAGCGUGCUGUAAACUAGGCUUCACUCUGCACAUCAGAGACAGGCAGGAGGCUCAGGAGCCCCCAGACAUGAUGGACAAAAGUAUUGAUUCUGCUGGGCACCUACAUCCCUGCUGUGAAUCCACCCUGAUGCAACACCCAAUUUAGCUGCAGCAGAGGGUGACAGCGGGUAUAAAGUCUGUCUUAAUUCAGGGCUUCAGGAAUUAAGGAAAGUGCAAUUAUGAACAUAGUUUGCUCAGAUUUCCCAGUACUUUUAAUGACUUGUGAUAGCAAUUAAAACACACACGUUGAAUUCAGUUAAAGGUGCAGGUUAUUAACCCUCACCUUUUUAGAAAAGCAAAACAGUAUUCAUGGGCAAUAGAGUCUCUCAAACUGGCUGUGCUUUCACACACUGCAGCUCCAGCAGAGACUGAGGAAAUCUGUUAGCUAUGCUUUAACAAGUCCUCCCAAGGCACACUGCAUCCAAUGACCUGCUUAAGAGGCACAUCAGCUCCCCUUUCCCUAUUUUCUACACUUCAUCUCUCAUUUAUUUUCCCUCCCUCCAUCUACCAGAUCCUUUUUUUUCCUCGCCCGACCCUCUUUUCCCUCAUUGUGUUUUCUGUCUUUGUUCCUCUCCCAAACCUCUCCUCCUCCUCCUUGUGCUCUGCAUAGCUUUAGCUUUUUCCUCAAUCCAACACACAAGCAAAAAUGUACCACCAUUGUUGUUAGGGUGUUAUACUGGCAUAUCCUGGUCUCACUUUGACCGUAAUCACUGCGCACCAACAAAACCUUCGCCCAAAAUAGAACCAAAGCAUUUCAACCUCUGCCUAAAACCAAACUUGAUUAUUUCAGUUCUUUCCCUUUUUUGUCUUCUGCUGGCCUGUAGUCCACUCAUAUCAUAUCAGAUCAUAUCAAAGGCACCUUAAAUAAUAAUGUAUGGGAUCCUCUGAUAUCUCUGAGGCUAGGCUGUCUGUGAAGAGGUUUUCAUGCCGCACCAAAAACAAUGGGCGAACUACGAGAUCCAUCUAUCUAUCUAUCUAUCUAUCUAUCUAUCUAUCUAUCUAUCUAUCUAUCUAUCUAUCUAUCUAUCUAUCUAUCUUUCUAUCUAUCUAUCUAUCUAUCUAUCUAUCUAUCUAUCUAUCUAUCUAUAAAGAUAGAUAAAUAUAACUUACUCAUUCAUGUAUCAUACCAAUAUGAAUAUAUGAAUUAUUUACUUUGUGAGGACUGUAUUUUAGGGUCUUCAUCAUUCUCAUCAUCUUGUGGGAUUGCACAUAUCCACAUUGUGAUUAAUAUAUAAUGCAUUUGCAUACACACCGAUACAUGUGGUCUCUUACACUCUUUUCCUAUCAUACGUAACAUGACCCACCUCUCAUUCUUGGCGAAAUUAUUUACCUCAAUAAUUUCUGAAUUCCUCUGUCAUGUGCUUAUGGCCACAAAUUAAAUUUUCUGGCCCUCCUGUCAGAGCGGAUUUUCACAGACAUACUGUAUGUUUAUUGGAGAAAAUGAACGGUCAGACGAGAUGCAUGGCUUUCCCCACGCAUUUUUAUUAAGACAGAAACAUUUGUCAGUGGGAGGAAUGAGGGCUAUGAAGCACUGAAGUGACACCGUGGUGCAAACCCAUCCCGUGUAUAAUCUGGUUUUAAUGAGGCACAUGUAUCAAAGUUAUCGGAAGCUGAGGAAACGCCGAGCUAAAUGAUUGACUGAUGCAGGUGAGUGAGUGGCAUCUUUUACUCCAAAUCAUUUCAGCUGUGGCACAACUCACAUGGUUGUGAUAAUGAGAGUAGCCUGUGGGAGGGAGUCACAAUAUGUGUGUGGUUAACAUGAUAAUAGAGUUCAUUUUACAAAUGGCAGUAACCUUUUAUGUUGGUAUGGUAAAUUAUACCUCACACUGAAGCAUAUAUGAUUGUAGCACAACAUUAGCAUUUUAAACCCAUUAGCUCACUGUGACUGUGCCGUACUGCAGUAUGCUUGAAGCAGGAAAUAAACCAGAAGCAAAAUUACAGUGACUGACGUGGGUGUGCUGGCUGCUCCUGUGGGAGCUGGGGGAUUCAUGGAAACACAGAAAAAAUAAUGUGGAAAAAACAUGUACGUAUGUGUAUCCCACCUGUGGGUUGGGAACCAUCCAAAGGCAUAACCUAGUGUUUUAGUCCUCUACCCCCAUAGGGUUUUAUUGUGUAGGCAGUUCAUGAAAAACAUCAAUGCAUAUUCAGGUUAUAGCACUCCAAUAGUAAUAACAAUAACUUUUUAUUUUAUUUAUAGCACUUUUAAAAACAAAGGUUUACAAAGUGCUUUGACAAACACAGCAUGGCAGCACACGGAUAUAAAAACAAAAAGCUCAGUUAAAGCAAGGCCUCAGAACUGUAGGCCAUUAUCAUAUGUCAUUGGGAACCCAGACAAAACAAGAACCAUGCCACAUAAAAUGAGACCAUCAGGACCAAAAUAAAAAUAUCAAAUCAGUAAGAAAAAGAAAAUGCAAUAAAAAGGGGGGUUUAAAGCAGAAAACAUGCUAGUAAAUAUAAAAAGACAACAACAACAACAACAACAACAUCAACAAUAAUAAUAAUAAUAAUAAUAAUAAUAAUAAUAAUAAUAAUAAUAAUUAUUAUUAUUAUUAUUAUAGUAACAAUAAAAUAGAAUAAUUAAUCAAAAUGAGCAAGAGAUAAAAUAAUAAAAGGCCGAAAGAGAUGAUUAGGAAAAGAUUAUAAGGGUAACAAAAGCUAAAAAGACAGUAAAGCCAAAAUAAGAUAGAGGUAAAAGAGAAAAGAGACAAGCGAUAAAAGACUUAACAUAACUUACACUACUACCGUACGAGUGAACAUUUUUGGAAACUCCAUGUGUACAAUAAGCCUAACACAUCUGCAGGUAGAUACAAAGACUGUACUCAGAAAAAAACAAAAACAAAACAUAGAUGUUGAGCAAAUUGCCCUAAAUAAACCUGGGUGGCCUGUCCAAGUAUUGUCUGUGCAUGAGAAACACCCAGCAUGUGUAAGGCCCUACAUGUUAACAGACCUGAGGAUUGGGUAGCAACAACAAAAAAAAGUAGUCCAUUGAUGACGGAUACAAUGAGGAGAAUAAAAAGGUUGGAACUGUCAGCAUCAUAUUUUGGUGAUCCAAGUAUCCUUGAUGUGUGGGACAAGCUGCACAGAUGUAGAACCAAAGACGUUUUCCUUCAACUUUGCUGUUUUAACUUGUCUUUCUAGGUCAGUUGAGUCUGCACCAAUGUGCUGCUUUGAAUUUCAAUCUUCAAAGUCAAAGGCUAAGUCGAAAUUACAUUUCAGGGAGCCAAUGGUCGAAGUCAGAAAAUAACCAUAAAGACAGAGCUGAGGCGCAGUUAAACUGAUACAUUUUCUCUUGAGUCUAUGCUUCCUUUGAAAAAUAAAUGUAACCUGAUAAGAGAUUUUAGAUUUGAUGAAAGCGGGGACAAUAUUUGAUUAAAACCACUGGUUGCUUGGUUUAAUGAAAGUCUGUAUUAUCAGCACAGCUUUGCUCAUAAUACAUUUUUGUGAUCUAAUCUAUCAUUUUCCAUCUUCAAGAACUGUGAGGACUGUGUGUUUUUUAAGAUGAAGUGUUUGGUGCUGCACUCGUACAACAAUGACUGAUCGUUGUGUUACAGAUGUUGCUACAUAAGCAGAGUGAUGACAGAUAUAAAUGUUUAAAGUUCUACUGUUAUUAAAUCAAUUUUGCUUUCACUCAUGGGGUCAUCUCUGUGCCAGAUCAAGUCACAAGUAAGAAUAGCAUUAAAACUUUCUGCCUUAAAGGAUUCUAUAGUGUGUGUGUGGUUUUUAGUAUGGAUUAAAUGUAGAUUUAAUUUUUUUCUAAGGCUAAAUCUCAGCAUUGCAUCAGAACACAUUGAUCAGGUUUACUGCAAACUAACAUAACAGAUUCUGUGGACUAAAAUGUGACUGUAAUAUUUCUGGCUAGUCUCAGAAGCUUCUCAUUUAUAAUUAUCCUCAUGUCCUCCAUGACUGGCAUCAUCAUCAGGAGUAGUAUUGGGAUUUAUAAUGCAUUUGUUGUUUUAUAUGACAAUAUUUAUUGCAAACUUUCCUGAUGAAAUUAACGUCCUAUUCAGGUGAAGUUGAUCUACAGAAUAACUAAAUAUUCAUCAAUUUAGGCAGACUAGGGACAAACUGUAGACUGUACAAUGAAUAUAUGUAUAUAGUCCCAAACCAUUUUCAUCUUAAGUAGAGCUUUGAAGCCUAUUACUGGUAGUCACCAUAUUAAAGAUGCGGCUUUUGGUCACAUAUCUUGAGACGAAGAGGUGGAUUUGAGGCAGGCCUUUGACAACAGUACCACGGCCUGUCAGUCACGUUAGCUGUGCCUCUAAUUUAUCAAACUAGUAACCUGAAUAACAAAUGAAUUAAAGACCCACUUUGAUGAAAAUCUUUAAAGAAAAAAGUGUGCAGAGGUAGAAUUAAGCUUUUAGCCUAAUCCUGUUUUUAUAAAACAGACGGUAGGCUAUACAUGUUUCUAUUUGUUUUAAAGAAAAAGUGUGUAUGUGGUUUUCCAGUGCAGUUUUAGGCAUCAGCUCAUUUCUCAACACAAGGAACAAUAUAAUAAACACACCCUGGUUAGCUCUCUGUUUUUAGGAACUGGCUUACAGCUAUCACUGGAUCAAUCUAACCAUGAACACUACAGUCACGUCUCUUGUUCAGCCCUGACUGUGUUCUCAAAAUCAAACUGAACUGUCACAGCACUUAAAACUGUGGAGCCACAGUAACAGUGUAGUCUGCUAAUGUUAGCAAUCACUAUUAAAUUAGCUUGCAAAUGGUAAAUGCUAAUGAAAUGACUGUUACAGAGUAUUCUGCCGUUAGUCCUCAUUAUUGCUACCAUAAUAGGGUUGAGUAUUUUGGGGUAAUAACAUAUGCAAAGCAACUAUACAUGGAACAUUUUAUUACCUGGAACAGUUAUUUGUGCUGAUAUUAGCUGACCUGGCACGCAACUUACUUGCUUUGAUGAGAACCAAGUGAAAAAGGUCUAAAAUAAACAUCUGAUGGCCAUAUGACUUAGUAUUCAAUGAAAGGGACUCAAGGUCUUCCACAACUCAUUUCAUUUAGAAAACAUCAGCUGAAAUCUCACAGAAAUGGGGAUGAAAUACAGCAUAAAACAUUUUGUAUAAAAGACAGCUUCUGUCUUUACAUACCGUAAUUCAUGGCCCUCAAGACUUUAUCUUAAAAAAAAAUGAAAGAGUGAAACUAUUAAGUAUAUCUAUUCAAUUUCAUGGUUAUAAGAUGUCAAAUUACUGUGCAACAAAGCAGAGCUGCAUGACUCACCAGAAGUUUACUCAGAGAAAACUGAGGCAGAGGGCAUCACUUGUCUCAUCUCGACUUCAGAGACUCACAAUUCUUUUAAAGUUGUUGGUUAAUGUAGUUGGCUGGCUGACUCGGGGCUAUAGCCACAGUUCCUCUGAGAUGAAAAAUAGAGCUUGCUGCAGCAGAUUUAAAUAUGAGUGGGAGGCAGAGGGGUUCAUUUUUUGGUGAAUCCAAAAACCCUUAAUCUGAGAACAGCUGAUACUCUGAAAGAGACAGUUGUGCAGGUGUGGCUUUGCCUGCUUGGCUUUGUGUUUUGCUGUAUUACUUAACUGGGAGGUUAAGUGUUUUGAAAGGCUUAAAGUAAUCAGCAUCUCCUGCCUCGGGACAUCACACACAAUUAAAGCACUCUGCUGCCUCGCUAAAUGCCAAUUUAGGCUCAAAGGCUGCACACUAACAAGGGCCCCUUUCUAGUGUGUAUUUUUGCUUAGGUGUUGAAAACACCAACAAUGCUGAUAUACAAGAUUCCUGUUUGUCCUAUAAAAAAAGCACGGGGUUUGUAAAAGGCAAAUCUCCUGCCUAUUCCACAGCCUGGCCCUUAUAUUAAAAAAUGUUUUCACCAAACUCUCCUAGAGCUAGUUAGAUGUCUUUGCUUAUAACUCUCACAGGAUCCAUAUAUCACAAAAAGUUUUAUUUCCUUUCUCGCUAUAAAAAACAGCAGCUCAUUUCAUACAUACUGUGGCUAUUAAUGAUCCUGGAGCACUGCCUCACACUCGUCUCAUAGCACACCAGAGACCUGAUGCUUUUUCUCUGACUGAUGCAGUUGUCAUCUUUCACACCCAGUACCCGCAUUGUGUUUCCAGCAAUUGCACCUGCACCUUCUUGUGUGUCUAUGGGCGUGUUGGGUCAGGCCUGUUGGUGGCACAUUGCUAUCUCGAGGCAGCAGGAGCAACAAGAUGAAAAAAAAUGUGUCUAAAGUCAAUGGGGCGGUAUAUUACUGCUACUUGUGACAUGUUAUUUUAAUUGGACUGUGAAAAACUAGACAACAGAGGGCUUCUGAUAGACAAAGACAUGCAGCCGUGCUACUGACUUGCUUCUCAGUCAGUAAAAACAGUAUAUGUGUAGUUUGUGAUCACUGCAGUAUGACUUCACCCACUGAGCACAGUAAUGUUUAACUGAAUAUGGUUUGCACCAUAGACUGUAUAUACUAUGUACAACUUGGCUACGCCUUUCAACAUUUGGCUAUACGAAUUUGAAGCUGAAUUGCUCUCUGUAUUUCCGGGAUUUUCUCCACUUUCUGGAACCACCACUUGCGCAGUUGCAUUGUACGCAUUCGGCAGGUGAGUCGCCGAGAGUCGCUGUUAUGACGCUCGGCUCAAACAGCAAAUCCCCUGGGUAAACUAUGCAAACUUUGUACGCCCAUAGGCUGUAUCAAGUGUCAAUCAAAGGAAAACAUGAACCCCUAAAAAUUUUGAAAAAUGGAUCUGCACAGAAAAAAAGGGGACUUGAGCACAAACCCGUCUUACAGUAAGUACAUGUCAACAUUGCAAGAAGGGGGAGAAAAGUUUAUAUUCUGUGUAAUUAAUUUCUAAAGUUUGUCCACGGUUUCAUAAGGAUUGCUGGAGGAGGCGGGAUUUAUGACCUUUAUUGCAGCUCGUCACCAGAGGGUGCUGUUCUCACUUCACCCAGAGAGGAAGCAGAUGGCGUCCAUUCUACAUACAGUCUAUGGUUUGCAUGUACAUCGGCAUAUUAGUGAAAAAGGGAAAAUGGUAAAAUUAGGAUAAAUCAAAAAUUCUUAAAUGUAGUAAACAAGGUGAGGACAGUCUCGGGUUCACUGGCAUUGUACUAGUCACACUGUACAACAUAGUCUGUUUAUGAAGGCCCCCAGUUUCUAGAGUUCAGUAGCUAAUCAGGGAACAGAUUCUUGUCUUCUAAAGGAGACCUCAGGUGCAAGGGCAAACAAGGGCAGAGUGAGUUUUUGUUUAGCGGAUAAGAUAGGCUAAUUUGUUUUGCAGUGUGUUCAUUUCUUUUAUGUCGUCUGCUACUACAAAGGUGAGCAACCCCCUGAAAGCCUUUUAGAAAAGCACUCUCUGGCCCCUGUUAAACACUCCUGUGUCAUUAAUCUAUUCAGCGGCUGAAAACGAUCUGUGGGCACACAGAUUGCAAUCUAUAGUCAGCAGUAACCACCACAGAAGAGGUCAGGGCAGAUCAGUGCUACAUGAUAUGAAUUCCAUUACAUCCAGGAGAGGGGGUGAAAGGUGCUGCAGCACGGUGACACUGCUGUGAAGAAAGGAGAGGAGAAUCAGCUGUGAUUGGUUGUCAAGCAGCCACAUAAAAUGCUACGUAGAUCGUAUGUGCAAUAACAAAAAGGAUUGGGCAUCUCUUUUGGCCCCUGAUAGAGAGGGAUGUUCUGUUCUUGCCUUGGGGGAAAUUGAAAUGGGCUCGUUAUGUCCUCCAGAGAAGGGUUUUUCUUGUUGGCAGCGGGAAUACCAGUGGGUGAUGUACACUCGCUGUCAUAACUUUGAGCAGUUUUACCUUGUAAGCUCAGAAAGAAAGUUGCUGUCUGAUUGACAGUUUCUCCUAAUUCUCCGUCAAAACAUGCAAUUUUUAGCUUGCAGGUGGUUGAUGAGUGUCUCGUUUUAUUGAAAUCACAAGAAAUUAAACAUUAUCAUGGUGAUUAAGGCUUAUAAUUGAUGUAAUUAAGACUUCAAGUCUCAUUUCAUCACUAUACACACACGAUAGGAAAUAAAACAAGUCUGAACUGGUUUUCACAAAAAGAAUAAAGAUUGUUUUCCAUGGAUAAUGGGAUUAUUUUUGUUAACUGACAUUGUGAAAAUGGUUGUUAAGGCAUUAGUGGGAGACCUGAUGAAUGCAAUGAAAAGCGCAAAGCAACAACAUACCUGCAACAAAAAGGGAAAAAAAGAUGACACAGUGGAAAUGUUCUGGUUUCAUGCCUUGCACCUUGUUUCCAGUGUUACCAACACAAACUGAUUCUUCACUCCAGGUUGUUUUGUGCACAUCUGACGUUUUCUUUGCCACAUUUUUUGCCCUAUUUUCUUGCUUUGUGCUCUUUUUAACAAAGCUUCAAAGAGCUUAGCACAGGUUGCCUGUAGCUACCUGCUUUAAACACAAACAGCAGCACUGGUCUCUUUCCUUCCACACUUGGAGCUCUACACUCUGGUAGUCUUGUGUCCUUUGGAAAUAGCUGGUGCACUUUUCAUAUGUUUUUUUUUAAUCCUGGUUAGGUGAGGGAUUAUGGAUGCUUAUCUGUGUAUAAAGAUCAAGAGGAUUAAAGGUAUAAUCCCAUUUGAACCUCGUACGGUUCUGUCAACCUUGUCUAAUUCUGUUCUACUGGGGUCUGCCCACUGCCCUGAACGUUUACAGUGGCACAAAGUCAAAUUAUGCGUCCGCCUCUGCCUCUGUUGGUCUUAAACUCAUUUCAAAACUAGACUCGUUCGUUUGCCUUUUCCACUCAUGUCAUCCAGAGAGAUUCAUUAGAUUCACAAACCUGAGCGACCAAAAUCUUCUGUUGUUCACUCAAAACUAUGUAAACACCCUCCAUCUCCUCAAACCAUGUUUUCAAUCUGCUUAUCUCUUGGUGUGAAAUAGAAUUGUAGUAAUCCUCUAAGCAUGAUAACACUGUUUGGGAAUGUUGCUAUUUUAUUUGCCUGGAAAAUAUGUGUUAGCACCCUGCAACAGCUGCGGAGGGAAAAAAAAAAACAACGUCUUCUUUUUUCUUUUGGCCUUCCCACAACUCUUGUAUGCAGGACACGUUGCAGCAUUGUUAAAUAUCAAGACCAUUUUUCAUCCUAAUGACCCCGUGUGAACAGCAUCAACAAUUGCUUUCCUCUUUCUCUUUGGACUUUAAUCUCAGCAACCACUGCCCCCCACAUCUCGCCACUGCUUGGUAAUAGACAACACAGUCAUUGUGAAUCACCCUCUGAUGACGGCAUCCUUCUCUAGAUGGGAAAUUACAGUGACCACUCAUUGGGUUGGAAUAUGAAUAGCAUAUUCUGCACGAUGAUCUGUGACGCUUGUUUUUUUGUCGGAGUAAAUGCCAUCUAUGCAGCCUCUCUUGAUUAGAGAUAAACUUUUUGUUCCCAUCAGUACUCUGCAGCUGUUUUAGAAACUUUGGCAAAAUAAUUGUGGUGAAGCUGAAAUAUGCUGCUUGAUCUCUUUUCAUUCACUUGAUCAAAGUGGAGAUCUGUCAGCACCAUGGGGUGUUUCAUAACAAAUGUGAAAUGACAACUCUGCAAUGUAAAGCCAAAGCAUUUGAAGCUCCACUGCCUUGACGGCUGCAGAACAGGUUACAAAGCCUCACUCUUCCAUGUCAACAGAUGGGACAUGAUUCAAAUUUCAAAAUCAUUUACCAGGUUAGAUUUCUAAAACAUGCUUUCUGUCAUUCCAGCUGGGUUCUAUUGUGCUGACUGAUGCUUAAGUGUUCAUUUUUCUGCAGAGUUUAUUUAAUUUGCUUUUUUUUAUGUAUGAUUGGCAACACAGUCGACAGAUUCUGGUCCUGUUGCGCUCUCUGAACUGGGGUCACAGAAAGGAACUCAACCUCAGGUCUUGAGAAAUGAGCCAAUGCAUAUAUGCUCAGAUCCCGAAAUGUCCACUUGGAUUCGCUUCAGAGGCAUCAUGAACUGCGUACACUAUAGUUUAAAAAGCCACCCACUUUAUGGAGUUGUUUUGUUUGUUUGUUUUUUGGGUAAUACAUUUGUUAUGAAGAUCAUAAGGUUGGGAGUUGGCAAGUCAGAGGCACGGUAGACGUGACUGACUCGGGGGGCACACUGUAGUUAUUUUUGAAGAGGCUAAAGGUCUUCCUCAGUUCGGUAGACCAAAAGUUUGACCGAGUCAGUAUUACCAACAUGGCAAACACUGCCAAUAGGCUUCAAAACUCUGCUUCAUGUAUUAUACAGACUGUGUUCUAGAUCAGAAUCCUUGUUGUAUGAUUUACAAAAGGUAUGAUUCCAUUAUGUCCACUGAAGCACUUUGCAAGGUGGAGAUUUUUAAGAACUUUGCGUGUUCGUGUGGGCAGCAUGAACAAAAGUUUUGGAGAGCACUGGCGUCAUGACUGGAACGUGGGCAUGGUAUUUCUUGUUAAUAUGUAUUGUGCAUGUGCCAAGUUGGUGGGCCACUGGCACGUAUCUACUUGGUAAUUGCAUGUUUCUGUGAAAAUUAGCUGUUCUUCAUCGUUGUAUUGUGAUGGGAGCAAAGAAAAAUAUAUUUUGAUCGAUGGUUUUUUGUUUGCCACUCUGUACACCAGUAAAGAGAUGCGCACAAUGUUCUUCUAUUGUAUUUGGUAUGACCGACUGAUUACACAUUAUUACCUCUUAGUGAUCUGGCAUGCUUAUGUGAGCGUUUUCAACCAUCUCUGCCCUGUUGUGUGGACAGGAAUGUCAGAGAAAAACCUCUACUUUCAAAAACACCUGCCCCACAUGUGGACCAGGACUUGGAUUCAGUCUUAUCUAGUCACACUACCUUCACAGGUUCAUCUCUGUCUCUACUUUUUUGCGGUCCUUAUGAAGUUUUGUUUGAUUUUCUGGAAAGGAGGAGCAGCUAAGGUUGUAGCCUCCCCUCCCUGAUGCUAAUAUGAGGCCUUGUGAGGUUUCGACUGACAUUGGAUUGGUCAGGAGCACCAUAUGGGAAGGUGUGGGUCAGGUGCCAAGGGGAGCCUGUUCAUGACAAAAUGAAUUAUUGAGAAAUGUGAAUAGUGAAAAGAAUCAUAGCUACUUACCGUGUGGUUAGUGCAGUCACUUGUCAUAUGCGUCACUGAGCUUCAGGAAGCUUUAAUGCCUUCAUUUUAUCACAUUAAUCAUUCCCUGCAGCACUGCAAGCCACAAAGGAUAACAGACUGCCGUCAGUCUUUUCAGAAUGAGUCCACCUCAUCAAAUCUCUAUUCCACUGUCUGCGCUUCAUUCAUUGAAUACAGAUGUCAUUAUUGCUCGGCAAAAUUGGCUGUUCCAUACUAUUAUUCCCUUUAACAGUAAAUUGCAUUAAAUUAUACAGAAAUUUAAUAGCAGAAUUGCAAGCGUUGACGUUCCUAUUCUCUGACUAAGCUCAAGGUUAAUAAAACAAUCAAUGGUUCAUCCUAGCUCAUUCCGGUCCAGAGUUGGAAGGGUUUCGCUGGUCAGAAUACUGGUUUUAUAUUUGGACGUUCUAACCAAUAAUAUUUGUUAUAUUACAUUGAAAUUGAAAUAUUCCAAUUAACUAGUGGAUUGUCAUUCAAAAGAGUGAAAGACACUUGGUGAUUUUUGUCUAUCAAGGUAUUGAAUAAUCAUAAAACAGAAAAUCAGUCCUGAGAAGAAGAGAUGACAUGCAUCAAAUACUGGUGGGACUGGAAGUUUAUCACACUACCAGUACGACAAAGACACUAACUUCUGUGGUCUACCAGUGUUGGGGGUAACGCAUUACAAAGUAACAGAUUACAGUAACAGUAUUACUUUUUCAGGGUACCGAAGUAAAGUAACGCAGUACAAAAAGAAAAACGGUAACUAAAUAACUAAACAAUAGUAACGCACCUUUCUGCUUUACAUCAGCUGUUUCCCUGUGUGCAAAGUUCUGAUUUGUUGAUAUGGUUCAUGCGUACGUGCUGCUUGUGUGUUUGUGACAAUAAGCAGGGGUUUGGUGCUCAUAAGGAUCAAUUUCAUCUUUUGUAUUCUUUCUUGAUAUUGAGUCUAUGGACCAUUGUCCAGCUUGUCUCUGUAAGCUCUGACAGUCUUUUCUUUCGCAGGAUUCAUUUUUCUUAGGUGUUUUUUUCUGACUAUGUUGCUAUCUCGCAGCCUCCGUGGGGAAUAUAAACAAAAAGUUGCCUGCGAAGAUGGUGCUUUCCGACCCAACAUGCAUUUUGCAAUCAUGUUGCCUUUGAAAGUCCUAUGGAGAGAUAGAUUUGAGUGACGUAGCUGCUGAUGCGAAAGAAAGAUGGAAAUGGAGAGUAUACAUUUAUACAAUAAACAAAAUGAUGCAGACUAUGCUCAGUGAUGAUUGGCCUAUGAUGUUUGUCCAUGUACCUCUACGCGGUAAAUUAAGAAAUGGGAAGUAAAGUAUUAAGAAGUGAAGUUACUUUUCAAAUGCAGUAACUAGUAACCAGAUAGUAUUUUUGUACAUCAAAACAACCAAACCAUUCAUUGAUUCAGUUAUACUUUUAAAUAUUUAGGAUCUUUAGGUCUGUUUUCUGCUUUAAGUCAGAUCAAAAGAAGGAAAGAGUACAUGUGGAGAAAAACAUCCCUUCACACACUUUCCAAUUAAAAGAAUUACACUCAUGUUGACAUGAGUUAGCUUGUUGGAAAUUGGAACCAUUAAAUAUUACAAAAUACUCUGCUGGUGUUGUAAUUUGAAUAUUUAGAUGAUUAGAAGCAUCACUAGAGAGGAAUAUGAAAUAUGAUUACACAACAAGUUGAUUAGGCCCGUCAGCUUCUCACGGCAGUCAGACUGUAGACCUUGUUCUACCAGAUAGUCAGGCAAGGAGGACCACAGCAGUAUAUUUCACAUAAUUUCAUCAUGAAAGCUUUUCCCUCCGAGGAACCCUUCUCGAAUGAUUGCUGAGCGAAUGAGGCCUCUUGAUGCCGGACACUUCAUAUCACCAGCUCUCUUAUUUCAGUCGCUGAGGCUGCAGAAAAACUGUCAGUCUCUGCCAUGAAAAGGAACCAACAGAUGAAUCACAGGAACUGUAUUUAUCCAUUCAGUGUGUGCUGCUCUUCAAGUUAACGAGUCAUUGUCAAAGAAAAUGCCACACUCAAUAAUGCAUGUCUGAUUCUAAGUCCAUUGCCCUUUUGGUACGGCUCUCAUACCAAAGAGAGAGCAGAGAUCAGAGCAGGGGAGUGCAUCUUAAUGUGUCUGGGGCUGAUAUUUUGACAAUCACUGGAUCUCAUUUCCUAGUUUAAAAGAAAAUUGCUCCUUUUUUUUGACCUGGAAGACAUGAUGUGAUCUGUGGGGUGUGCAGAGUUUACUGGCCUCAUUGGUGAAGGGUUUACUGGCUCUUUGAGGUCCCAUCAAACUGCACCGUGACAACCUGGAGCGAAACAUCAAUAAUUCAAGGAUGGUUAAUUUGCCCUGAGAUUGGUCUUCAUGGAGGUUACAGAUAGAAAUGGCUUCUUUUCACUAAAGACAAUAGUCACUCUCCUGCACACACUGGUGGAUGUGUAGCAUUUACAACUGGAGGCUUCUGGCCAGUGAAUUUACUGUAUAUUAAGAUAUUGAUCAAAGGUUGUACAUAACCAGCCUGGCUGCUAUUGUGGAGCAUACUGUGUGUAUUAAAGCCCUGGAAAACCUGGGAGAGGCCAGUAGAGAUUAAUGGAGACACCCAGCAACAUAUCUCUUAAAACACAGUAAACACUUCCUGCACAUACAGAUAAGAGCAUGGAAACCUUCUAUCUCUUAAUAGGUCUCCCUGGCAUUCCCAGUGCUUUUGCAGGUCUUUGCUUUAGAUUAUCUUUGGAAAUAAUGAAACUCAUGCUGCUGCUGCUGCAUAAGGCUUCCUCUAUUUAAAUGCACAAUAUCCUACAUCACUGCCAGUGUGAUCAGCACUCGCAGAUUGAUGGUGAUCUGCAGCAGGUCUGACCUCCCGGUGAUUGGCCCCUGGCUAAGGUCUCAGAAGGACUUUAGUGUCAUCUGUCCCUCUUUAUCCCGGCAAAUGACAAGAGUGCCUGGAUUGUAAAGUAGAUUUGCUGUCUUGCUCUUAGUUUGCUGGAAAACACUCCAGUCUUCUUUAAGCUUCAUUGGAUACUGGCAGGUUUGGAUUUAGAAAGAUGCAUUUUGUUAUGUUUCGGAAAACACGACAAAGUAACACAAAAGACAAACUCAAGUGUGACAGUUUCUCUAUUUUUGUUAGCACCAUAGUGUUGGUAUUCUACUGAGGAGGUGGGCCCUAAGAACACAGUCACACAGGGAACCUUUUGUGUGUUACCGUGUGUCUUGAUCAUCUGCUGGAGCAGGAAUCUGUGGUAAACAACUGCAGACCCGCAGAGCUUUAAACUCCCAGUGUGGCACUCCCAAACAUGGAUCAGAAGAGUUUUGUGUCUCAGCAGUUUAUUUUCACAUUGCAUUGAAAAACUUGAGUCAGUAUAACCAGGUUUUGGUUUAGUUACAGUGGUGAAAGAAAAACGUCCUCGUCGGGGCUUUCAAACCAUCAAUUCAAUGUCAUUCUGCUGUUUAUAAUGGAUUAUAAAAUUAAGGCUGUAAUUGAAGGUAAAAAUAUCUCCAUUAUCAGCCUGAAAAAGAAAAGUGUGUCUGCAGAAAAAAAAGCUCAGUGACUACUUAUCUUUGUAAUUAUCUUUGUAAUUACUGUUAUGUCAGUGUUGUUCUGUUGAUUAAGUGGUGUAUGGGAAGUGAGAAGCUAAAACAGUGGUGUAAAAAUGAAGACUUGUAGAACAUUCAUUUUUUUCCUGAAAGACAAUACUUUACCUCUAGCCCUAACCCUACUCACAAUGUACUCAUAAAGAUAGCUGCUUAUGGGUAUCCACUAGCCAACAGUAAGUUUUAUUUACAUGGACCCUUCCUCCUUUCCAUUUUCAUGAAACGGUUCAGCUGCGACCACCUCUUCGGUCAAAACGAGGUGAAAUUGAUUUAUUUUCUGAAAUAUGAUGAAGGUAUAAAAAGCACUGUGACCAGCUGUGAAAAUACAAGUGGUCGACUGCAGUUUUUUCAGAGGCAGACGCUGAUGCUGACUACGAGUGGGAAGGAUGGGCUAUGGAUGAUGUAUAUUGUCAAAAUCUGUUUUUUAUUUAUUUUUGUUUUUCACAAAAUAUAAUGAUUUAAUACUACUAACAGAUACAAAAAAAAUACUUUUUGAUUUCAUGCACAUUAAAAUCUAAUAGCUACUUUAGCCUGUAACAUGUUUUAGAUCGAUUUUUUAUUAUAAACCAAUGGAGGACAAAGAUUUCAGAAAGUGUCAUUGUGUGCAGAGUAUUGCACUCAUAUUUUUCUUGGUUUGUGGUUGAAUGGCAGCAAAGUGGGGCCCAGUGUGAUAUUUUUCCAGGAGGCCCUAAAGCCAUGGCAGAGCCUCUGAUCCUACCUCUCAGUAACGCUCUAUACUACCUCUCUGAAGAGACAGUCUGAUAUUUGUUCUGUUUUAUGAAAACAGAAUUAUUGGUGACAGAUCGAAAGAUUUUUUUUUUUUAUUGUUUUCACAGUGGCAUACCAGGGAAGAAAUGUGGGACCAUUAUCCUGUCUGCUGAGGAGCUGGGGAACUGCAGAGUAAGUCGACUCUGUGUGUAUUUACUGUUAAAUGUUUAACAGUGUUCGAUGACCUAAUUUGAAAUGGUUGCUUUAAAAACACAUUGGAGUGUAAUUGCACAUAUUGAAUGUAGCUAAUAGAUUUCUGCAUGUCACUGUGACUUUGAAUGUGACACAGUGAAGGGGAAAUGGUGCAUGUUAUUUCUGUCACGUAGAGCAUGUUUAGUAAUGUUCUCAAAGCUACUGAGGUGAGGCGGGCUGUUUAAUAGGCUUUACUUCCAUAAAAUAUAUUGCAUCAUAACUGUUCCUAUUAAAGCAGCAGUAUAAGCCAUGUCACUGUGCAACUGUGUUUGUCGUUUAGAAAUAGUAUACAGUGUGAAAAUACCAUGAGUCUGAAUGGUCAUUUAAUGAGCUCCCCUUCAUUCCAAUUGGUGAACCCACUAUCUCCUCCCAUGUGUGUUGUGUUAAUCCAUGAGUCUGCAUUAAUAACCUGUGUCCACUAAUGCCCAUUGGCUUUGACUCUGCACUGCUAAAUGAAGAUAGUGAAUAAUCACAUUACACUGCUUCCACUGGAGCAGGAAAAGACUUAUUGACCAGAACAACCCACCUCCCUCAGAGGCUAUAAAGCAAGCUAUUGAGCUGCGACUAUUGUGCAAAUAGUUUAUUACAUCCUAAUGCAUACACGCAUCUAAUGAUUAAGCUCUAAAACUUUCAGUGCAUGUUUAGAGAAAAAGCACCUGGUGUAACAGAAGUUAGAUUUUUUAAUAAGAGCCUUUUAGCAGAGAUUAGCAGCCACCGAUUAGAGGGUGACAGAAAAGCCAUGCUGAUAAUAAAACUGCCGUGUUAACCAUGAUUUGGCUCUUGCUGGAUUGGAGUAUCAGCGCUCAUAGUCGUUGAAGGGCUGCUGCGAGUCAUCAGGUGCAGUGGAUCUGCAUUGAUAGGAGUAAGCAUUAUCAAAGCAAAGCACCACUUCAAGAAGUGCUUUGUAAUAUAAAUGCAAAUGGUUGUUACAGGUAGAAAUGACCAUUUACUUUCUCUCUGACUCCAUUAGAGGGACAAAGACUUGGCAGGUCACUUCAGACAUGUUCUGUUUACAUUUAAUCUAACCUGAAUAAGAAAUGCCUCAGGUGUGAGGAAAGAGCAGAAAACUGGGAGAAAAAGGCAUGUUAUUGCUGUUUAACAGUCUGAAGACCCUGCUGUCAGGACAAGUCCCCCACCUGUGAAUUUAAGCAGUUUGGAUUUGCUAGCAUCCAUCUGGACAAUGUUUAUUCUCUAAUCCACCUGUGACCAAUAAAUGGAGGCAGCGGAGUUGCUGCUUCGCCUGCGGUAAACACUGCAACUCUUGUUUGGGGAAACUGAAAUCAGGAGAGAGGGAAUCGAUGGAGGGGAGUUCUGCAGGGACUGUUAGCUGAGAGGCAGGUUGGCUCUCACCUUGGUGAAGGAUUUGCCAGGUAUCAUUAGACAGAGCAACAUCCUCUGCAUGGAUCAAAGGCUUCCUCUUGGCUGUCGUUAUCUCUGGCACAUAGGACAUGCUGAGCAGCGGCUGGCUCUCUCUCUGAUCCUCCUUGCAGUCCAGCCACAACUCCGGCUGAUUUAAAUUUAAGUAAACCACACAGCACUUAAAUUAUGACAGCAGUUAAUCACAGAGAGCUCUCUGUUUGCUCAGAUCAUAGCUCUCUACUCCUACAACCAUCAAUAAGCCUAAUUACCAUUGUCCCCGUCCCUAAGCCUAGUUUAUCACUGCAAUCAGAGAAUGCAUUUUAGCUUUGACACCAUUUUUCACUCACCAUUUUCUUUUUUGCAAGUGCUCCUCACUUUGACAAAAAGUCCUUCACCUAAGGCUCACAAAAUAAGCAGAGUGAUAUUUGAAGCAUACAAAUGAUUUGAGCUUCAUAUUAUCCUCUGGCUCAGGAUCCAUUUGGCUCUGCACAACAGUGUGCCAUCCUGAGGAUGUCAUAAGCUUAUGUAACCAGUGCUCAAGUAUUGUCUGCAUUGCCUCGUGCUCCUUUGAAAGACCUACAGUUCCACUUUCUAAAAGUGACAGUAAGAAUUCCUCUGCCACUUACCCCAUGCAGCGAUAUCCUGCCUGAGCAGAGAAAUGGAAAGGAUGCGCACUGCACUCAGUAUUCCCCUGCUGCUCCUAAACCUUGGUGGCUGGAUUGAAUGUUCUGCCUUUUUCCCGCUUAAUGAGAGAACACUGCCAGGCACCAAAGUGGAUAUGUGUUAUCUGCGCCUAAUGAAGGCUUAAGCCACUGUGCUACCACGAUAGCAUAAUUGUAGGGGCCGUGCUGGGGAUAAGCAGGAUGGCCAUGAGAUGCUGCCACAUUUUAAGAGCUUGGUUAACCGACCUCACUCCUGUAACGUAAAAGUAUGAUGUUUUAUCUUCCUUAAAUCCACAAGAAUGACUCAUUGUGGGAAUCUGGGAAAUUAGGUGUUUUGUUUUUUUUGACAAAAGCCAUCAUGGGAGGACUUGACACACUUUGGGUACAAUCUGUUCAGCAGAAGGCUUUACAAUUUGCCUGAUAUGUGUCUCAGAGGACGAAUUAGAGAAUCAGUCCUUUUCAGAUAUCUUUGCUAAUCACAUGGUGGAAUUAGCGGGAACACAGAUCGUGAGAGACAAUGACAAUAAAGAGUGAAUAAAGAGUCUCUGUACAACACUCCUGCUUUAUUAAACCACUGUUGGCUGUUGUAAUCUGCUUUUUAGGCUCCAAAAUGUUGAUUAGAAACAACAGUUAUAAUUGAACUAUCUCCAUUUUCAUGAUUACAAUCUGAGAGUUGUUCCACUGGACUGUAUAUUUAUAUCAUGUCAUCCAUCUUUCCCUCAGUUAUCUGCUCAGAUAUAGAGACUGUGUUUGUGUCUCAUUUGUGUCCAGGGUGUAGAAUGGAUGGAUCAGUGUGAGACUGGUUAAAGCCAGAGUGUACCACACUGAUGUGGGUCAGAGAAAUCGAUAAUGGCCCUGCCCUGCACCACGCUGAUUCAGAUCUCAUACUGCCCUUCAAAACCUUUAAGCCUGGGAGGCCCUCGGGAGAAAAAAAGGUUCUCUUUUAAGAGGCUCUGAACAUCUUUCACCAUCCCAACUGGCUCUUUAUGAUAUGCUGAUUAAAGACUGCACUUGCAUAAGCAGCACAUAACGGGGCAAAAGGGUUCGGACAGUUUUACAGCGCCCAUGCAGUAUUUAAGUGAAGGCGGUCUGUAAUGGAGAACACUUAGCAGAAUUUCUCCUGGUGCUGAGUUUUACCUGUCCACUCUGUGCCCUCGCCACAGCCUCAUUGUUACACGGCACGGACUAAUACCUUGACCACAGGGAGAAUAUCUGGAAUAAAGAGCAUUAUGGGGCAUGUUCAUUGUCCUUGUAAUGGCAGCACACAUUGAAUUGCUGCCUAGAUGAGUAUAAUUAUGGUAAUACCAGCCUUUCUAAUGUAUCAUUAGCUGCACUCACACCCUCUGCAUCCUUUUUGUACACAGCCCCCCUCCUCCCCUCUGAUGCAGGGUUUUAGAAUCCAUUUCUGUGCCUCUGCAUGGUCCCUCACACUGUCACUAUGAGUACAUUCAGCACAACAAGGUAUUUUCAAUUUUAAUAUCCCUUACCCCAUCCACUGUCGUUAUGCUGGAGUUACAUAAUACAGAAAUGGUAAUGAAUGUAUUUUUGUUUUUUGGAAGCCAGCGGCUUGUUUCACCCUGCUCUUAUUAGGAUUCACUCAGCACUUUGCUUUUAUUUGGUGCUUCAGUGCUUUUAUAUCUUGGCACACAGCAUGUAUAAACAAACAACAGAAGGCAAACAGAGGCAGGAGCAUGGAUUCACAAUGUCCUCUGCUUUUUUUGUCUUCUCAUUUCUCCUCCUUUUGUUUUUCCCCCCUCUGUCUGUAUAGGAUUAUGCCACCAUGCAGUUCUGUGCCAAUAAACUGGAUAAAAAGGACUUCUUUGGAAAGUCAGACCCCUUCAUGGUCUUCUACAGAAGCAAUGAGGAUGGCACGUAAGUUUGUCUAGUGCUUUUUGCUCUUUCAUUUGAGCUUGUCAAAAACGAGCAGGAGGGUGUGGACAUCAAAGAUGAAGGCAUCCAAGGUCGAGGGUAUUAGAUUGAGAUCCCUUGAACUCAGCAGCGGGAGAUUAAAUUAAUGCAGACACGGUUCUCGAUGAGAAGUACGGUGGGAAGAUUCUACUACAGGGUUUUUUUCUCUGAAGACAUGUAUCAAGUGUUUUAAAUCCCUGUCAACCUGCGUCUCCAGGUUCACCAUCUGCCACAAGACUGAAGUGGUGAAGAACACGCUGAACCCUGUGUGGCAGCCCUUCUCCAUCCCUGUCAGAGCGCUCUGCAACGGAGACUAUGACAGGUAGGAUGAUAGAUGAUAUACAAUAAAGUGUUCUACACACCCACGCUGACACAUACUCUGAUAGAGUGGGAUUUUCCUCUAGAAAUCAAAGCCAUGCAGGGUUUCAAUAAACGUGGUGGACUGCUUUUCAGAAUGAGGUUGGUGCAUCAAACUUGGACACCGCAGAUUUUUUUAAACCACUGCAGAAAUUUGAAAACAUCUUAGUCCUAUCUGUGCCUUUGUGCUACCUUGUCUGAAUUUGCCCACAUCAAAAAAAAGCACUUAAAGUGUUAAGUAUAAAAGCUAGCUCUUGAGGAUACUACCCUACUCUGUCUCUGUGUGUGAUUGUGUGUAUGUGUGUGUGUGUGUGUGUGUGUGUGUGUGUGUGUGUGUGUGUGUGUGUGUGUGUGUGUGUGUGUGUGUGUGUGUGUGUGUGUGUGUGUGUGUGUCUAGACCCAGAUAAGUGUGUAAAAGCUGUCAAAGAACAUGUCAAAGCUAGCCCUCUCCACCACACUGGGUGUCAGCGGAGGUUCUUCACUUCGAUCCCAUUUCUGCUCACCUGCAUGGGGAAGCUAAUUGGGUCAGCCAGAUGGAGUGAAAGCAUGAAAGAUGCUUGAUUUCCUUUGAGGGUUUUGAUGGCAAGAGGAAUUUACGCCAAUUUAGGGUCCCUGGACAAUUUGUCUGACAUUUAUGAAGUUUGCUAUUCAUUUUAUUUUAUCAAUUUAUUUUUUAACUUUUUUAAGACAAGUCUUCUCCAAGACUUAUGCAUUAGAGUCUCUUGUGACUCACCACCUUUCAGCAUGUCAAAAUCUGAAUUAUUUUUAAAUUACAAACGCUUUUUGAUCAUUUUUGUUGGCCUGGAUUUGACCCAGAAUAUUGGCGGUGAUGCUGAGGCUGUGAAUUUCUUUGACUCAGGCAUCUGUCAAAUACACAGCCCUUUCUUCUCUACACAUUAUGUGGAUUUGAUUGAGCUGCAGGGCUUUUACUUGCCUUCUUUAAAUGUUUUUAGGCCGAGUCAAUUAAAUUUAUAUAGGCCACAGUUUUGCCUAAGGGACUUCACAAACUCCACAGUAUACAAAUUUCCUCUAUCCUCAGACCCAAGUACAGGGGAAAAUUAAAGAAAGCUUGAAAAGAGCAGCGGAAGUGAGGAGCACGAAGCAGAGAAACUUGAAAGUAUUAACACCGUCCCAUCAUGGAAAACAGAAUAAUAGUAUUUUUUUAGGGGUAGCAGUACAUAAGUAACUAAUACAUAUUUGUUUGGUAUUUGUUAUUUUUUGUGUGGAAACCUCAUAUGAAAUGAGUAAUCAACAGCCCCUUUGUUUAUUUUUCAUUUGUCAUUUAAAGACCCACUAUGAUGAAAAUCUUGUUUUUCCUAUUUGUUUUUUUUAAUAUAUGUUCAUUUGGCAUUUUUCUUAUGCUACAGAACAUAUGAGAAAAGUUAGUGCAGAAUUGCAUUUCUGAGUAUUUCUGCAUUCAAAUCUCUGUGAAUCUCUGGCAGACCCAAACAGCAGGUUCAGACACAGUGAGAUUUCCUGUGUCGCAAAUCCAAGCUCCGCCCCCAGAGCCCCGCUAUGCAGACCAGCCUCGGAGAAAUACAGAGGGUGAUAGCAGAACUAGCGUGUGCAUUAGCGGAUUGCAACGCUCGUAAGAAAGCUGAUUAUGAUAUUAACUUUUAUCAUUUUCUCAAAGACAUUUGUGUUUUAGAGCUGAAUAGCUCCUAUGUUAACUGCCACUGCUACUACACCGGCAAUGUUAGGCCACAAGUUAGCGUGAUGAGGAGAGUGCAGAGCAGCGCUGUCUCCGCCCACGACUCAAAGGCGAAUUGCUAAUGAGCUACUGGAGCUCUGCAGAAAAAAAGCCCUUGAAAAUGACACAGGUAAUGGGAUUUUGGCUGAAAUCUUUAUAAUCACAAUUUAAAGACCACUGAGAACACUUUAAAUAGUAAAAAAAAGGUCGGAGUGGGACUUUAAAUGCUUUCUCUAAUAAUUUAUACAAACUGUAUUAGUGUUUAAAGAUAUUUUUAUUUAUUUUUAAAAUUAAAUAAGUGCUGACAUUUGGUACUUACUAAGUCUGAUAGUAAAACAGGUCAGAAAAAGCUUUGGAUGGAUUGCUGUUUAAAAACAUAAACAACUUUAUGUGGAAAAAAAGGUUAAAUUUAAGGUUGUUUAAUGAAUUUGUACGACCAAACUUGUGCUCAGUGGUGUAAUGAAAGCUUAAAUGAAUUGAGAAAAUGUACAACAGCCAAUAUAAAAUAAGCAAGACCAGUUUAGGACAUGGAUUUACUUUGUCAGUGUAUCCCAAAAUAUUUGCUAGAUAGUCCCUGACAAAUAUAAGGUAUAUUCUAAAAGUCUAAUCAGCCAAGUCCGUCAGAGGAUGAGGAUCGAGGUCCAAAUGUCCAGGUGGAAAAUGAGGGACAAAGUCCAAGGAUGGCUGUCAGCCCAACUCGGAAAUCUCAGUUUUAUUGUUUGUGUUCACUUUGUGUUCAUGUGGUACAGCUAUAUCUAACAAUCAUGUUUACUUUCAAUCCUCAGGCAUGUCUUUCAGCCUCAUGUAGGACAGUUAAAGCUCUUGUAAUCAUCUGGCUUUAACAGAGAUCAGAAAGUGAUAUCUCCUGUUUCAAUCUAACAUGCAGUGUGUGCAGGAGGCGAGUCAAAAUUGUGCUGGGAUCUAAUUCUCUCGGUGUUCACCUGGGGAUUCGGCGUGUCUCCGUGUUCAUGACUCUGAACUCUAGUUGUGAGAAAAUGACAUCAGAGAAAAUUGAUGUUGACUGACACCGGGGAGUCAACGCCACACUGGCCCUCAGAUUCAAAACAUAUUUGUUUUUAUAUUUCUGGCCUUUAAGGGUACUGGGAAGAUUUGUACGUUCUCUCACUCCUACACCAAGCAUCUGAAUAUUUAACCGUGUUGUUUGUUUUUUCAGUAAGGCGAGAACACCACUGGUUUUGGGGCAUUCAAAGUGCACUUCUCACUUGAUCUAUCUCUGUACUACACAGAUGUUUUUUUUUUUAGGAGGGGGGAAAUACAUCCAAUGCAGACAGAAUGAGUUCAGGUCAGGAUAGCGCAGGAUCCCUCCAUCACCUCGCCUCCUCCUGGACCCUCUGACACAUGACUGACGGCUGUUGGCGGGGGGGAAGCCACUGAUCUUUCAAUCAGAUCAAGAAGAAAAGACAAAGCACUUUGCUCUUCCACAGUGAAUUCUCUCAGGCGUGUUUAUUUGGUUUCUCGCCUUCGAGCUUAUUUCUGGAGCUUACAAAAUACGUUCCCUCAAGGGUGGUUGGUUUCUAUCUUUGGCUUGUGUGGAGAAUGUUUUCCCCCAACUUUUGUCGAACCUAUAAACCUGCUUUCUCUCCUGUAUGAAACACUAACUUACCACUGAACAGUUCAUUAAAGUCCUUGAUGGGUUUCUGUUGGUUUCAAUGUGUUAAAUAAAAGAAAAAUCUAGUCUCAGUGCUCAGCAGAGUCAAGCCUCAUUCAUUUAUUUGAUCCUCAAAGUUGUUUUUUUAAAGUUACAUCCAAAAAGAAAGCAGGCUCUGACUGAUUUAAUUUAGCCUCCAUUAAGAAGAAAAAAAAACAUUAAUAGCUUGUUUUAACUUUGCUUUUUUUUCCCUCAGCUCUUGGUAAAUGCAUGAAGGUGUCACAUAAACAAACAUUAGUUCUAUCUUGUAUUUUAUAGGACAAUCAAAGUGGAGGUGUACGACUGGGACAGAGACGGAAGGUAAAGGACACACCCACAGACAGUUUUCCUGCAUCCAUUAUUAAUGUCUAGUUUCCUUUUCUUUUUUUUUAAUUUCUUCAUUAUUUACAAUUUCAUCAACACAUUUUCCAUCAACUUCAUCAUAAGACUCCAUCUGUGCUCUUGUCGCUAUGGUUUAAUUCCUCCAGCUGCUUUCAUCUCCCACCUCUCAGGGUCGCGCCCACCAUAGCUGAAUACGAAGUGGAUGAUGCAAUUUUUGUCUCUUUUCUUCAGCCACGAUUUCAUUGGAGAAUUCACCACCAGCUACAAAGAGCUGUGUCGAGGUCAGAACCAGCUGAACAUCCAUGAGGUUAGUGGAGAUAAAAACCUUCUAUCCUGUUAUCAGUCUUUCUGUUUCGUUUCCGGGAGCGUGGGACCAUUUAUAAAAAAAUGAAAUAAAAUAAAAGAUUCACAGUUUUUUAGUUUGUCUAAUAGCUGAAGUGUGUUUGAAACUUUAAACUAGAUUAAGAAUUUUUGUCAGUAUUUUAUCUGAAGAGUAGUUUUUCUAAAACAUGUACUUAUGUCUUCAGUUCCUCUUUUAUCUCCUUUAAGUACUUUCAGAUCAAAUUAAAGUUAAAAUCUAAGUACAGCCAAAACCACAUAGACAUGUCAUACUGCGUGACCACUUAUGGUCAGAUAUCACUUUCCCGCUUCAAACACAAAUUAACACACAGCCUCAUGAAUCUUUUUUAGCCUUAAAAAAUAAUAAUAAUAAUUGUAAGGUGUGUCUGCAAGUGUUCAAAACUCUGAAACAUGAACAGGAAUUUUGAGUCCUGGCUGCACGUGUGAAACAAUGUGGUAUUUUCCUCGCCAACCAUCUUGUAAGAUUUCGCCAAGUAGUCAGAGUGAGCUGAUGUGAGAACACAGCAGGAGACAGUUUAGAAAGGUCACUGCUUGUGAGUGGGUGGGGUGAUAUUACUUCAUCAAGUGUCCAGUGCGAACAAAGGGGGGUGCCUGAACAUUUCACUGUGGCUUGUACCAUGUUUUUGAUGCUAUGUGCUACCCAAAGUGCAAUUCUCAAAGGGCGAUUCCCCCUCCUCUGCUUUAUAUGCCUCUAUGCUUCAACCAGUAGAUGGGAAAAGUUGACCCACAUUGUGUCAGAUCAACUUUACUUUCACUAUAAACAAUAAAAACUAGCAAACGCUUGAAGUUUUCAGGGUGCAAUGAAACAGCAGCAACUUAGCAUAAAUCCAAUGAAAAGGCCCUGAAUAGAUGGCGGAGUCAAUGAAAACUAGCAGCCAGCAUUACUAGAGCCCACACAGAUGGAAGCAGCAGCUCUGUAUUCACCACAGUAGUCUUCUACACCCACCCAGCCAGCUUAGUCUGAAGUUGUUUUGGGCUUACCUUAAAGAGGGAUGUGUAUGGAUUGGUGUUAACAAAGAUCGGUUGGUUAAGUGCCUCAUUUGUUCACUUUGUUGUUGAGUGAAUAAAUGAACUCAGAGUAAAUAUACCUGUUGGGAUAUUUCAGAUGAAGAGAGAAGUUGUAAGGAAUCACAGCGUUUCUUGCGUUGCACUGGAGAUGUGAUUUCCAGCUUUCUAUGUAGGCUCAUCUUAUUCUACAGUGCACCCAAUGACCCUACAAGCUCACAUUUUAUUUUCUCCUCACAGUAAUAAAAAGUUUUUAUUCUCUCGCUCUGCUGCAUCAUCAUUAUAAGGUGAACUACUCAUAUGUUUCAUCUUAAAUAUGUGUCCAGUCUCUAACUUACCUUCCUCCUUGUACUGGAUUGUCCUGUAGUGGGAAAUAAAAUACACUGUCCUUUGGUGAAUUAAUACUGGAGGCAAUUUGUCCAGGGUUAUUUAGCUCAGCCGUCUAGAAAAUUGUUCCCUUGAAUACGAACAAAAGGUGUUUGGUCAGUAUGCCCCAAGACACAUGUGGGUUCAGACGGCCAAAAGAUUGUGUCCAAAUGCAUCCCAGGUCUCCUUUGAGUAUUUUCAGAGUAAAGUGUGUUCUCAAUGCAAUGAGGGUGAUAUACCUCUGUGCACUGCUGCCCACUUGAUAAGAGAUGAACACAUCACCUAUAAGUGAUUGAAGUGAAGUGACGCACACAGGAUACAUCUUCUAAACUAAUAUGUCUCCUAAGAAAAAAAAGAAACCCAAACUCCAUUUGUAGUUACCAAAGUUUGAAACUUUAAAAGUUUUUUUUAGAGCAAAUCGGUUUGCCUUUCAGCUCUGCAAAGUCUUGUUAUCCGAAAUUGUAAUAGUAGGCUGCUGCCUCUGGAGCCAGGGUUGUGGCUACUUGUUUUUAACAGCUCGAUUCCCCUGUCUCUCCUAAACCUACACAACAUAAGCUAUCUGAGAGGUGAAGUGUUGCAGCAGAGGGUGCUUUCUGUGUGGAGAAUACAAAUGAGAAGACUGCAGAAGUAUGCUGCUGAUGAGCUUUUUUUAGGAUGGUCCUUGUGGGGUCAGAUUGGAUAUUACUGUAAGGAUCUGGGAGGCUCCUCUUGACUCCUGCUCAUUAAAACACUUGGCAUGUUACAUUGGCUUCUGAAUUAGUUAUGGAGGUGGCUUAAGGAAAGAACAGAGCCAAUAAGAAAUGAGUGGGAGAGGAUGGUGGCAGGAUUUGGAAAGGUGGAGAGAGAUACAGUGGCAUGCAGAGUUGGCCUUUUACUCUGCUGACAUGGCAGAAGAAGGUGCAUCAAUUACCCUUCAUCAACCUUUUGUGAUCUGAAUGAAACACAGCAGUUUCUUCAGGUCAGUGUCAUUGAAUCAGUUUCAUGUCACCUUAAUACGUUUUAUAAAUUUAACAGUUUUAAUAAACCACUGCACUACCUUGUACAGAUGCCUGACAUGCACAGAGGUUGAAAAUGAACAAUUCAGGGACCAGUCUAUGUGAAGUAAAGUGAACCUUUCAGUGACUGAGUGAUGACCCGUGCUUAAGGCAUCACCUGCGUUGGAGAAGUUGAGGAGUAGCUUGAGUAACCAUAGAGGCAGAGCAUAGAAAAAGAGCCCACAGGAGGGAGGAGGAGAAAAAAGAGUAUAUAUAUAUUUCCUCCAGGCCUGUACUUUAUGUUUAUGUAUAGACCUGUGGGAUAAGCAUUAAAGAUAGCUGACCUUGAUGCUGUUGCAUGCAUGUUUUAGCUGUAGGCUCUAUAUGUUACAUGGGUUUAAAGUAGGGAGUAUUACCGUCAUUCAUAACUUUAUUUGCUGCUUAUUCUUCCUCUCAUGAUGUAUUUUAGCUGAGGUGUGGUUAUUUCUAUAUAAUGAUUAAAUAGUUGAGACAGAGAUAGAUGCUCCACUAUUCCCCGGCUUGAUUAUGUGGGUCUCAAAUGUACAGCACACACACAGCGUACGUGCUUUUAAAAACCCCUCUGAAUAAUCUGUAUCAUGCUGCAGGGCAUGAUCAAUGCUAUCUUAUCCCCACCUUCUACCAUUAUUGGAUUCAGUCCCUAUGCUCCAUUACCCUCACACACAUGGAGGAGGAGGACAAAGAUGGUUUUAUUACUUGCCCAGGGGUGGAUGAAAAGAAUUGUGCAGCAAGUUUACAUUAUCAUCAUCUUCCCUUUUUCUAUGCUGCCUUCAUACCAGGUGGUGAAUGCCAAGAAGAAAAUAAAGAAAAAGAGAUACAUCAACUCUGGGACGGUGAGUCUGAGGUUUGAGAUAAGAGCAAACCCUCUCCGUGCACUUACACUCCUGCCCUCCAGUGCUUUUGUAUUCAUCGGAAAGUUUCUUCUAAGUGGAUUGCAUGAGACACUUUGCCGCUGUUAAAUGUUUUUGUGUUCAUUCCCAGUCUCAGGGCUUAUGACCCAGACAGUGAGUGAGUCGAUUGGAAAACAUUCUCAUGGCUUUAGCCGGGAUCAAUAACCGAGUCCAUAGAAGCGCACAAAGGCACUCUUGUCUGUAGUUGCCUUCAAAUGCAACUCAUCUCCCUGUGGUCUCUACAUGACAAGUCAUGUAUAGAAUAUGCUUCAAUUAGAGGUAGCAGCAACAUGAAUGCUGUGAUACUAUGAAAUACAAAAUCAAUGUCAGAUGUAAAAGACGAGGCAAUGACAUGAAUCAACGUAUUCUUUAUGAAUAUUUUAAAACGACAAGGAAACUUUUUAACUAGAUUUACAAAGUAUUCUCUAUAAGUGGAGGUUAGCAACAUAUCAUGUAAGUUCUGAUGGAGAAAAAAAAAAAAAAAAAAAGCUUCUCCAUCUGCUACCUUGUAACCCCCCUUUAAGCCCCUCCCACAAACUGUGCACCAAACAUUCAUGCACAUUUUGCUGGGCUUGGGUCAGAAAAUCAAGGCUGCCAAUUGUUGUCACUGCAAGCUGUCCCUUCCACUCAGCUAGUUAUGCUAGACGUAGAAACACUCUCAGAAACACUGACAGUUGAUCAACAUGCUUUUGAAAAUGUUAAGUAGCAGCCGGUGUGUGCUGUUCAGCCAUUGUGGUGUGCAUCCAUCAGCACCAGCGAGGAGAAACAUAGAGAUAGUGUUGGAAUAGAUUAGUAUUUUCUGUUGCUGACGAAAUGUCUUCAGAGAUACUAAUACCUGAGCGGUGCUAGUUCAGGCAGGCUGCAAAGUUAAGUUACAGCUCACUUAUUAUUACCCUCUAUGCAUCUAAUUGGCAAACAUCAAAAUAGGUGCCCUAAAACCUAUUUAAGAUCCCACUUCCACUCCAGGUCCUCCUCUUUAUGCUAUGUCUGAUUUUACCCAUGCCUUUUCUUUUUCCUGUGGUCUGUGCUGCUGCUCUCCCUGCCUCAACUUUUCAUGUAUACACAUUAAAACAGAGAGGAGGUGUGCUCUCCCUGCUGCAGACUUUUGCAUUCCAUGUAUGCACAAGGAUGGCCAGGGAGCUCUCAGUGCAGAGCUACAUAGAGAGCUAUAUACUGUACCUACUGCUUGUUUUUGGCAGAAGUGGUCCUGAGUGAACCCUUAAUACAAUAGUUAGAGUUCUUGGUGUGUAUGGCUCUUAUACCCAUGCAAGCAGUCAAGACAAGUCAUAAAAAACCAACAAGACAGGGUCAUUCAUGCAGAUUUUACUAAAAAAAAAACAUUUAAUCCACCAUGUGUCUAAUGCAUGAAUAAAAGUGAUUACUGUCUAUCAGUCAGGCACAGCUUUGUCAUUGCCUGAACACUUUGGCUGCUUUUAUUUGGCCUGACUCUGUAAUUAAAAUCUGUAGCCAGUUAUCCAUCUCACUGAUCACCCAUCAGUGCACAGCCACGCUGAUGUUGUCUCAGUGAUUGUAACACAAACAUGUCAGCCGGUCCUCAGACUCACUCUGCAUGGAGAAGUCAUUUAGUGGGUGGUUCGCUCAGAGGUCAGUGUUAAUUCAUAGAUUGCUUCAUCUGCUUUCAUCAUUUAACAACCGUGUGAUAACCUGCUUUUUUAUCUUGCAGGUGUCCUUGUUGUCAUUCAACGUGGAAUCAGAGCACACCUUUCUGGAUUACAUUAAAGGAGGGUGAGUUUGAUGUUUGUUUAAUAAUUAUGUUAUUGCUUUUAAUAUGAACACACUGUUUGUUUAUGGCUGGCUUCUACCGGCAAUGAUGCAGAAAGAUGAAACAACAGAUGAAUUCAUUCCUCCUGCAGAAAAUGUGAUUUCUAACAACACCAUAAUGUUGAGCUUCACUGAGUAGAGUCAUUUGUUAACGCUGGACAUGAAAGGGUUGUUAUCAUGCAAGUCUGCAAGGUUUUCAUGUAAUGGAGUAAAAUCGAGCGAAAGAGAUCAGUGUGCCCAACUCAGUAGGACACACUGAGUUUCAGUAAUUGUGUAUUGUUGAAGCUUUUCUUUAAGUGCAUCAUUUUCUAUGAGGUAAGUUUGUUCUUCUGAGAAGUGGUUAGUCUGUCUCUCACAAGUUGCCAUGUUGCCUUGCCAUGUUUGUAAAGUAGCCUGAGAUAGACGAAACAAUGACAAUCCUCUUAGCUAGCUGUACAACUUCUAGCUUACUCUACAUGAAACAUGUGGUUAUUGAACUCAGUUAUGUUGAAGAGCUUGUUGUCAACUUAUACUCUAUCAAAACCACCAAAAAAAAAGCUUAAAUCAAGUAGUCAGAGGUAGGAUGAACAUUUUCAUGUCACUUGUCCAUCAUCAUAAUAACAAUCCUAUAACGUCCAUUUAUCACUUUUGUGAAGCCUCUGUAUCAUUCACAAAAGACCAGUAUUUGAAGCUCCUUUGAAGAGGUUUUAGCUCGUUAUAAAACAGACUGAAAUUGAUGCUAAUCUUCACAGCCUACAAAAGCAAACAAGACCAUCAGAGACAAGACUGAUCUUUUUAAAUCUUUGUUUUUAAUGCCUGUUUCUGCCACAGAAUAGGAGUCAGACAAAGCGCAUUACAGUACCCUGCAGAAACAACCUUUCUUGAUAGUUUUCACAGUGAAGAUCAGAGUGGGUGACAUGUUUUUCAGCUUAAAGACGGCAAGACAAGCUUUUUUCAUUUUUAUUUUUUAAAUCAGAAAGCACUACUCAGACUUGUGAGAAAAAUAUCAGCUAAGUGAAAGGAGGGACCACUUUACAAAAUCAACACAAGCCCAAAGUUUCUGAAAGGCUUUUGUGAAAUUUAACCCAGUUUUAUUGUUUUUUUUUUUUUUGUUAUGCACUGAGAUAUAAUUUGACCAGCCCUAUAGUCAUAUGACCCUCUUGUUGUAAACAAAGAAUUUUGCAUAAGAUUUAUCACCACACAGACCAGCUGAUAACAGAUGUUUUCUCCCUAACUGAACUGAAUGUUUCUGUUUAAAGAGGAUAAACUCCAGUCAACCACAACAAAACUAAAAACAGUCCAGAAGGUAAAACAUGCCUUUUAUGUUAGGCUUACAUUGCUGCUUCUCUUUCUUCUCCAAAAGGAAAAGAAAUGCAGCUUUAUGGAGCUGCUUUGAACCUGAACCACAUUCCAAACCUCAUUUUGCUGUGUGUACAUUUGUGGAGCGCUCUGAGUUGUUAACCUACUUGCUGAUGCCUUUUAAAGAGCUUUGCUGCGAGUCAUCACAAAUUCUUGCCCCUCUACUCCCUACAACUGGCUCAUAUAAAAACUGUAUGGAAAAAAAAGCAUAAAGGUCAAGUUAUCUGUUAUGUAUUCUGUUGCUGAAUUUAAGAAUACCUCUGGGAUUCACUAGAAGCUUUACUAGCAGCUCAGGUAGAAUAGCAAGACAGUAAAAAGAAUGUACGUGAUGGCAGUAAGAGGGACAAAACUAACUUUUUUGCACAAUGACGGCCAGGAUCUAACUGGAUUUCUAAAACUUAUUACAGCAAAAAGUGCUGCUGUGUCAUUGUUCUGACUCACACAUGGUAAUAAGGUAGGGAAUGAGCACUCUGAGAUUUAAUAAAGGAGAUUUAAACAUUAAUUUUUUGGACUCUGCCCUCUGCGGCCCAAGCAACCAGUCACAUUUCCUUUCACGGGUAUUGACUGUUAUUACUGACUAGCCUGAAAUGUUUUUCAAGUAGGAGAAAGAAAAUCUGGUUCUGAGCGAAAAGAUUGUGUCUGUAUCUACAACAGCAGAUUGAAUGAAUAUGAAUAAGUAUGAUAAAAUAUGGAGGAGAUCUGAGAACUUAAUUAAAAGCGGCCAACCUGUCACAUAUGGAAAUGUUUCUCAGUGCAUCAGUGGCUGCCCUGGUUUUACUCCUCUGCUGCUUUACCACUGAUGGCUGAGCGUCCCAGAUCUGUCCUACUGCUCUCUCUCUUCAGCUAACAAAAAUGGACACACAUAUUGUGUCCACACAUACACACUCACUUACAUGCACUCCGGGUGAUGGUGUUCUUAACUGUACAACCUGUUUGCUCCUGGUGUAAUUGUUCACCAUCCUGUCAAGAAAGACAGAGAGAUGAGACAGAGGAGAAACAAGAAGAAGGUCACCAUGUACCUUCUAUUUUCCCUUUACAUGUCCUAAAAUACAUUGAUGCAGCACUAUAUGGUAGUUGUCAAGAAAAUCGGACGCCGAACAGACUUUCAGUGCCAGUUUCACUUACUGUCACUUCUCCCCAAGGUGGUGCAAAUGACAUGAACAAAGCUACUUAGACUUAGCCUAAGAGGACGUUAACAGGUAUUUAAAAAAUUAAUUCAAAGAAAGAAAAAAAUAGAAGAAAACAAGAAUGAAAGACAAGCUCUUUAUGGGACUGGAACUGUUUAUGUACAUAAAAGCAAGUUGGAUAUAUUUUAGUGUAUGCGGUGCACUGAAAUGUAUACUUUUUAAAUAAUGUGCUAUUUUCAAUCUAGUCUAAUUGUAUCUCAUCAUGUCAUAUUGUAAUAUCAUAUUGUUAGAACUGCAUCAAAUCAUAUCAUAUUGAAUCUUAAUUGUAUGUAUUGUAUUGAUUCUAUCAUAUCAUAUAUGGUAUCGUGAUAUUAUCGUAUCAUACCACAUUGAAUUUCUCUUUGCAGAUCAUUAAAGUGUUUCUUAUAUAAAAUAUCUCACCGUAUCAGAUCAAAUCAUAUCAUAUAAAAUCUUAUUCUAUCAACUAUCAUUCGAUUCUACAAGAUCGUAUCAAAUCGUCUUCUUUCGUUUGCUAGCGUACCACAUCAUCAGUUGCCUGGCAACGCUUCUCCAAUUUAUUUGUUUGUUUGUUUGUGUUCAUCAACAUCAUUCAUAUUCAAAAGAACCGGAUAAACACUAUACUGCAAGUUGAUAGUGACCUAAUUAGGAGCACUGGGACCUGGUACUGGUACAUGCACUUCCUGCUACUGUAAUUGUUUAAGUUAUUAUAAAGAGAGGAGAAAAGAGAUACUGGUGAGAGACAAUGGACUACUUUUAAUUUAAAGAUUAAGUAUGAAAUUCAUCUGCCUCAGAAGAGAGAAAAAAGACAAGACAGCAAGUCUGCAAAUGUUUAAAGACCACAGAAUACUGCUUUACCAGAUUUUUCUUCACAUACUGGAACAGAUGAUACGUACUGAAGAAAAAUUAUAACAAUAUCACUCUAUCAAGUAGUGCAAAUUGCUCAUUGUCAGAUGGCAAAAUCAUAUUUUCCAAUUACAAGGAGAAAUUUAUGACACUAACCAUUGAUUGAAGAUUUCAUUGUCAAACCAUCUGCCCACAUUUUUCUCGCAGAAAGUUCAAAACAGAGCUGCAGAGUGCUGGGGGGAAAAACAACUUUUUCUUUUUUAUCUACUGACAAAUUGAGCAACAGAAAAAAAGCAUUUCAUAAAGAUCAAACUCUUUCUAGCCCAUAUAACUCUCAUAGGCGAGCUGCUUUGUUUUGCCUGAAUUAAAAAUGUUAUUAGAUUAUAAAACUCCUUGGGUUAAUGAGCAGAAGGUGAGCCUUCUGUUCAAAUGUAGACCAUAAAGAUUCCCCUUGGGAAAGACUAUACUCAGGUAUUGAUCAAGUGGGUGAAACCAAAAAUAGGAUGUUAAUAAACUAAAUGAGGGUCUAAUUCUGUGAGAGUUUUCAUUUGACUGCAGUGAGAGGAAAUAAAGAUAUGGCCUCUGUCAAAAGCUGCACACAUGACUCUGACUUUAACCUUUUGUCAGUGUUGCAUUUAACCAGAAUUUUGUGCUCAAACUCUGAUCAGAAUUUCAUUUUUCAUAAAUCCACUGCUGUGAAGCUCAAAAUGGCUUUUAAAUUCACCACUGCUUAAUAAAUAGUGCCAGUCUACACGUAACACUGUUUGAGACAGAAUGAGAGAAAAGGCGAUCACUUAAAUUAAUGUGACCCAGCACAGGGAGUGAAGCAUUAUCUAGAGUGGUACUUCAUCUUUUUGUUACAGUCAUUUAAAGAUCUUAAAAGCUCAUCAGUUCUUUUAUAUGGUUUCAGUGUGGUCCCUGAGAGAGGGCUUAAUGACAAAGACUAUCACUUUAACAAUCACUCAGGGAUCAUGGAAAUUUAAAAAUAAAUCCAAAAAUGAAAUAAAUAACAAAAAAUUGCUCCAUUAUCUCUGGUCUGGUUUUGUCCCCCUCAGGCCUUUUAAAUCAUCAUGAAAGACUCGCUGCUGUCUUUGUGCCGUGUGUUGUUAAUGUCUCCUUGAUGUUUUUGUGUGAAAACUGCUCUUAACAAUGAUUUUCUUUGUGUCUCACAAGAACCUGUAGAGAUAAGAAUUACCUUAGUUAAAUGGAGGAAGCUUGGAUUUUGUGAAAAAUUGUCUCUUUGGUCAAACAGCAGACAGAACAGGAUUUUUUCUUGGGGCAAGGAUAUAUUGACGUAUACAUUCUCCAUUUAUGUCAUUUUUAAGGCUAUAUUAACUUUCUCUAAGUAAGUUACUGACUCCACUAACAUUUAAAGCAGCUCAAGUCGUUAUGUCUGACCACAAAAUAAAUCACAUAACAAUGUAUUUGAUUCAUUCAUGCACCUUUUGGUCUCUACUGCCCCUAAACCCCAGUAGUUUGUCCUCUAGUUUCUGUUCUGAUUAACUGCAUGCUAAAUCACUACCUCUCUGCUAGUUGUGACUAUCUUUGGUUGAGCCUGGUUGUGUUCAUGAUGAGUUUGAUGUUGCAUCUAGUGAUCAGUUAAUCAGUUUCACUGUCCUGGUCAUCUUUAAGAAAAGAGCCAUGACUCUUUUACAGACUUAAAUUUUACAGAGAAGCUGUUUCAACUGAAUGAAUUGACAUGAAGUUUCAGGAACAAUGUUGUGAAGGUGACUAAAUGUAGCCUGACUGGAGACUUGGAUUGCAUUGUAAAAACAACAAUUUAGAGACAAAACAGAAAUAAAACAAUUACAUUAAAACAGAAACAUUCUUGACAAGAACAAUUCAUCAAAGUAUAUCUACCUCUUAGCUCGAUGCGCAUUAAUGUAUAGCUAAAGUUAUUUCUUGUUACUUUUUAAUUAUAAAUCCUGUUAAGAAAUCUAAACAAUAUACUGUCCUCAUAACCUCUGCAUGGACUGCAGUUUUAUUGAUUUCCCUCUGGGCUCAAUGAUUUAAAUCACCCCCAAUCAUAAUCAAUACUGAGACCUGAGACCAAUAUUAGCUGAGGUGUUGAGUUAUAUAAUAGAAGAAUAUAUAGAUUGUAUCUGAAUCAUGGUUGUACUGCCUCUUUUUCUCCACAGUGACGUCUAUUUUUAUGUUUCAAAUAUACAAGGCCAAUAUAUUAUUCCUGCACUGGUGCUAUUCAAUAUAUCUCCAUGACCUAUUCAAGGUAUGUCUGCUAGAGAUUUAUGACGCAGCUGGAGAGAUAGAAUUCCAUGUCCAUUCUCCUCAAUCAAAAGCAAAAUGGAAGAUAUUGCAUUCAACAGAUUGUCUGCAAGGAGCAGAUUGCAUGACAGACUGAUGGAGAAAAUAAACAAGAUUACUAGUGCUGGCAGUGGAGGGACAAAAUAAUGAGUGUGCUGCCUGUCCAUGAUGGGUGAGAUUAACUGUAGCCAUGAAAAAAGAAACAACAGACUUACAGUGUUAGACCGAAGAGAGUUCAGGAAAAGUAUCUGCUGUCUUGGUCAAUUCAACUGGAAAAACCUUCAGGCUACAUUAAAGUCUUAUCACUCAAGACUAUUUUCUGCUGAAUAUUGAUCAGAUAGGUUUUAUAGCUCUAUCCCAAACCAACUGUUUCGGUCUCAGUUGGAUUAAAAACACCCACAUUAUGAGGAGAACCACAACUACUUAUCCAUAAACCUUCUACUGAGGAUGAAAAAACCUCAUUAAAAACAAAGGUUUCACCCACCGGGAUUAUCUAACAUACAUAGGGUGCUGGGAAUAGGCCAGUUAGGAUUAAAUGUAUGUUUCCUUGAAAUACAAAGGGGAGGCCUGUUUGAUUGGCUGGAUUACAUUGGAGAAAACAAGAAGCUCAUAUUCACAGCAUAGCUGUAUUUUGACAUCAAUCAAUCAAUCAAUCAAUCAAUCAGUCAAUCAAUCAAUCAAUCAAUCAAUCAAUCAAUCAAUCAAUCAAUCAAUCAAUCAAUCAAUCAAUCAAUCAAUCAAUCAAUCAAUCAAUCAAUCAAUCAUCUUAGUUCAUACAGCACCACUUAGCAACAAAUGUUACCUUGAGAUGUUUAAAGACCCACUCCAACGAAAAUCAUGUUUUUCUUGUUGUCUACAUGCUCAUAUGGCAUUUUGCUGAUGCUACAGGACAUAUCAGGACAUAAGUGUGAAUUUUCAUUUCUGAGUAUUUCUGCAUUCAAAUCGCUGUGAAUCUCUGGCAGACCAAAACAGCAGGCUCAGACUAAAUGAGAUUUUCUAUGUAGCAAAUCCAAGCUCCGCCCUGGGAGCCCUGCUAUGCAGGUCAGACUCAGAGAAAUAGAGAGGACGAUCGCAGAUGUGUGUUAGCAGAUUGCAAUGCUCGUAAGAAAGGUAAUUAUGAUACUAACCUUCAUCAUGCCCCCAAAGACAUUAGUGUGUAAGAGCUGAAUAGCUCCUAUGUUACCUGAUUCUUCUACUACACCGACAAGCUUAGGCAUUGCUGUCUCUGCCUACGACCCAGAGGUGAAUUGCUAAUGAGCUACCGGAGCUCUGAUGAAGAGAAGAGCUUGAAAAUGACACAGGUAACAGUCUCAAAAUCAGUCUUUAACAUACCUCUACUCUCACCAUUAACACUGACCGAGUAAUAAGGUAACUCUAUCGCCAUCCACUAAUAAGAUUUUCAGAGACGUGUAUCUCAAUAGACUGAUGUCCUCUAUCUAAUUCCAACCUGCACUUUAUGCAUUCUGGCACAGAGCACUGCCAGUGUCUUUCUGGUGGAUGACUUAAUUUUGAUUUGGCAUCUCUACGGUUGUAAAUGAGUGAGAAUAGAUGGGUAAUGUUCAACUCAUUCAAAUGCAAAAAAGCUGCUGGAAAAUUUAAAGAAAAAUUGAAGCUGAAUGCUUGCCAGACAUGCCUUGACAGACAAGAUGAUGAAUACAAUCAUGAAUCAAGCUGCGUCUGAGACCAGAAUUGGAUAUUUUAGAUCCUGUCUAUUGAUUCCUCUUCUUUUCUAUUUGUUGUUUUACUGCUUCUGUUCUGACAGGUGAUAACUAACAUAUUGCAUAUAGAUGACUCUCUGACAUGCAUGAUAAGAAAGCACUUUCUUCCACAGACACACCAUCUCAUCCUUUAUAGCAUCACAGCGAGUUGGUCUAUUUAAUAACAUUUUCAUUAACUUUCAAUUGAAGCAGAGAUAUGGUCAAAUAUAAGCUAAUUAAAGCCCAAGAGCCAUACACUGCUUUGAGAGAGACUAACGAAUGAUUUAUAUUCUUUUCUUCAGAUGUUAAAUUUUUCCUUUUUAAAUUAAAUCUGCAAAGAGAUCAGCCGUGUAACGGCUUCUGUGGAGCCUCUAUUGUGUGGAGAGCUUAUUAAGGUUUAAUAGUUUCAUCCUACAAUAUCCUGUUGUCCUGAAAAAGGGAGAAACUGCUGCUGCUGGUGUGUAUUUGUCUUAGCGGUCAGACUACAGUGCAGGAGCAGAUCUUUUUCCUUUGUCUUUUCCUCUCUCUGGCUGUUGAUAUUCACUGAUUGUUGAAGAUAUUUCUCCCUCUUUAUAGACAUCGAUCUCUUUGGUUGGAUUUAACGGCAGUCAUAUUGGGUUUUAAGUUGUCAGACUUGCAAAACCUAAAGAAAGAGAUAGUUUUUGUAGAAUAUGUCAGCCUCUGUCUGGUUUACUGCUAUGUUUUGUGCUACUUUGAUUUUCCGUCUUCACUCCACUUCAUGAUGACUUUAUUGUGGAAAAGCACCUCGCUGAGUUUAUGGAUCUAAAUCUAUGGAGUUUAAUUUAUUUUAUAACUGUUGUAUUUAUUGUGUUUAAGGAAACUCUUAAACUAUUAAGCUCGAAAUUGUCUUCACAGCAUGCCCUGAUAGAACAUCUUUACUGCUGCUUUAUUGGCAUAUCAAGUAUACAAGGGCUGUGCAAAAUCCCUCAUAAAUUUCUGCCAAUUUAACAUUUCAGUUUAAUUUUUGUACUAAAUUUUCUCUUAUAACAACUCAUCUUUAUCCAAGCCAGACGAGAGAAGAUCUGAGAUAUUCUUUAUCUAAGUCUUAGUCAGUCAUCACCAUAUGUUUAGAGAAACUGAGCUCGACAAACAGAUACCAAGUGGCUGCUGGACUUUUUCCUCCUCUGUUUUUUCUCUCAGGCCCAACACAGUCUGUUCUGAUUUUUGAUGGUGGUUGUAAGGGGUUUUUGCAGUCUUCAAAUCAAUACCAGAAGACACUCAAAGAAGUCCCCCUUUCAAAUAGUUUAUGUUUUAGGACUACAUACAGUUUAGUCUGUGUUAUAAAGUAGGCUAACACUUCAUAUUCUCAAGAGCUUACAAUCCUCAAGGAGUGUGCCUUAUAGGAAUAUAACAAACCAGAAACUAUUUCACACGCAUAUUGUGCAGACUGUUGUUAUAAAAGUCUCAAAACCAUUUUCAUUCAUGAGAGAAAAAUCUUUUUACUGCAAAGAAAAAAAAAUCCUACUUACAAACAUGUACACACUUAUAAAUUUACAAAUACACAGACUCAUAUACACACACAAACCCACACAUUUCCAACACCAAUUCUUCACACUUGUGUAUUUCCUCCUGCACUUCAUUAAACAAAGAAAGUCCCAAUCUGUUCAUUGAUGUCUUCUCUGUUGGCCUUGUUCCAGCACAUGCUGAUGAGAUUGUAGGUGCGCUUUAGCUGCUUUCUCUGCCACAGCGUUUUACAUUACAUACAAUAUCCCAUCCAGCCCAGAUUGCCAAGACUGCAGGGAUUUCACAUUACAAAGACUCCUGCCAUAUGGUGUUUGUCUAACUGAGAGAGGGAAGUCAAUGUGACACUGAUCGGUUCGUGCCAAUUUUAAACUAUUGCAGUAAUUCAAGGUGAAACGCAAACCGGUGGUGAGGCUGUUAUUUGAGCUGAGGAAAACAGAAAGAGGAGAGAUGAGCCAGUUAUUACCCACACAAAGUUAUUGGACUGUGUGUUGUGAAGGAAUUGUGUUGGAUCAGGUUGGAGGAGGUCACUUGGAGGCAGGUGUCAGAUUGAUGAACCUCUGCUAAAAUGUAGGCAGUGGUGCAGGUCUAUUAAUUUGUUCACAGAGUAAUAGAUCAUUCAAGAAGGCGUUUGAAAGUGAAAGAUGUCUGAAAAGAGACCUGUUCAAAGGACUUCUAUAUUUGAGGACUGCAAGGAAAAAGAUAAUCACCUCAGACCAGCAACCUGCCGCUGGUUCUUUGCCCAAGGACCUGCAAAACAAACAAUACAGAAGCAUCAGUCAGUGCAAUCUGUAUUGAUUUUAAAGUCUCAAAAGAAUUUGUGAGCUCAAGAAGGAGCUCAGCACUUAAACAUAGACAGAUAGACAGACAGAUAGAUAGAUAGAUAGAUAGAUAGAUAGAUAGAUAGAUAGAUAGAUAGAUAGAGAGAGAGAGAGAGAGAGAGAGAGAGAGAGAGAGAGCUGAAUACAGACAAAUGUAUGUAGUAAUACUGACCCCAUAGCUUUGUGUGUGUGUGUGUGUUCAUGCAUUUGCCUUGUAACAUGAACUCUGAGCAUGCUCAUCUUUAUGAAAAACACUUAGCAGAGUAGCUACCACAGGUCCGGCACUGACUUAAGAACAGUCGCUGUGUCAGUUUGGCCAAAAAUGCUUGAUGUCUUCCUAGGAGGACAAAUGUUGUAGGUAGUGGAAAUCAGUUCUGCCCACAAGUUUGACCUUCAUAUACUGAUCCUUACUGACAUGCACCCAAAAAGCUGGCAGUCCUCUUUUUAACGUAAUUAACUUUAAAUGAUUUUGCAGAACUCAGAUUAUCUCUCUCUGCAGAUAUGCCAAUAUUAAACCUGUUUGAGAAAACUGUAUUUAGGGCGAGUACAUUCAAAUCUAAAUCUGGAGGUGUUGCUAAGUAGGGGUCAAAAAUCUCAUAUUUCAUCACAAUGCUUUAUAAUGUUAAUUCUUUGGACAAUGAUACGAUAUUGGUUGACACCACAAAGUCUGCCACAGUACAAUUUUGAUGACGACAAUGUACAGCAUGGGUUGAUGGUUAGACUGUCCUUUGAUUUAAUUGGACCAUUGUGAAACCAAGUGAAGGAUUGCUACAUUCUAGUUAAAUACGGAUGAAACUACAAGAUAUUCAAACAGUGACUGCUUCUAUCUUAUCUUUGACAGCUGAAAUCUGUGUUUAUUCUUUGCGCCUUUUUUGUAUUUAAAAACGUUUUCUGACUGAAAGUGUUUCGUAAAAGGGUUUUGUCAUUAAAUGGUGAAAAUGUAACAUUGGACCACACUCGUUCCUCUUACUGCAGACCUAAGCUAAGCUAAGCUAAUGCCAGAAGAUGAAGCUUCCAGUGAUGCUCUGAUGAUCUGACUUAAUUGGCGGUUUGACUGACAGUUUCUCUUGUCCUGUGCUCUGCCGUCUCUUGAACUCACCAUCUUACUUUUCUAGCGUAACAGUGAAAACUAGAGAAAUCAGCAGAGACGUCCAAAUUGAGGCAGCAUGCCAUUGUAACAAUUCCCCUUUGUCAGCUGAGCGGUCUGGCUCAAUGCUGAUUAAUGAGCCGGGGUCAGAGUCUCCCCAGGAGGAAGCUGCCAUUAUCUUGGAUGCUCGGCUUGUGGGAAUUUUUGAAUGAAGCUAGAGUCAGGGAAAGCAAUCAGUGUUAAUCACAAUGAAAGAGCAUACCCUUUGAUCUGAGGCUCUCCUUCCCCAUGCUCUUAGUUUCUCGGGGGAAAUGGAAAAAUCCAGCAGAGACUGGUUAGGCCACGUUUAGUUUCUUUUCAAGGUUUUGGCUACUAUGAAGGGCUCAUGAAUAAAAUAUCUGCUGUAAUUUUUUGAAAUAUUGCAAAAGCUGCUUUUUCACAUUGAUGGGGGGAAUAGAAAAUGCCAGUUUUUACAUAAAUCCAGAAAGAUUUCAUAGCAAGUGAAGAACUGGGGUUAUUGCCUUUGGAAAAACAAUAUCUUUCACAGCUUUUACUCAUGAUAUUACACAAGCUGCAGCAACACUUCUCAUAAAGCGCUUUUGAAAGAAGUCAUUUUUAAUCUUUAAAUAAAGGAUUUUCAAGUAGAUCUGUGAAGACACGGACGGAAAGGCUGCUUGACCAUCAGAAAUGCAUUCCCUGUGUUUGUUUUAAUGCAGAGGGAUUGAUAAUAAACUGAUAAUAAAACCAAAUUAUGUCCAAUAUUCAGUUUUUUGUCUCACCUCUCCUCAGAACCUGGGAGAGCCUCAUUAAACUGCAGCAUCAAGCUUUCCUGUCUCUGUUUUGUUACCAACAUCCUCUCCCUCAUUCAUCUGUUUCAGGACUCAGAUUCACUUCACAGUGGCCAUUGAUUUCACAGCAUCAAAUGGUGAGUAGUUUUGCCUCCCACCACCCAGCCCCUCUUCCAUUUGUCCUCUAAUGUAUGACUCUGGCGUUUUCCAUGAAUCAAAGAUGGGGCUGGGGUUUUCUGCUUGCUUGUAACAUUCUUUCUCUUGUCUUGUUAAACUAUUCUUCUCCCACAGAGUCAACCUCAACUUAUAUUAUUUAAAGGGAUAUUCAAGAAAACGCACAGUAAAUGCAAUUAAAUCUAACAGAGGGCAAUAAAAGCAUCUUGUAAAAACCAUAGAGCAAACAAAAUACAGCAUUUAGCUGCUGUUCUCUCUCUCUAAUCACACACCAUCUGUCUUUAAGUAGAAUAUCUAUUUAUAGGCUUUGCUGAAAUUGUCAGUGGUGAUAUGUACAUUAGCAAGUUCUAUUAGGAGAUACUCUUCUUUGUGUGUCACUCAACAUAUUUUGUUGAGUUCAAAUUUGUUCAAAUAAUCAGUAAUUAAUGAAUUAUAACAAAUGAAAUCAAUGCUUAGUAUUGGUUAUUGAUGUAAAGAUGACCAUUCUCCCUAAGUCCCUUUUUCCAUAUUUGAACUAUAUUCAAAUUUUAGCCUCUUUUUACAGAUUCUGUGCUCAGGUCUGCAUUUUAUCAUCAGGAGUGUUCUGGUUUUUGUCUGUAGUUUGCUUGUAGUCCAAGUAAUUUUGACCAGUCAAACUGAAUAAUGAUGUGAAUCUAGGAACCAUAUAUUCAUAGAGAGAGAUUCUUUAUUGACAGACUCAAGGUCUGAGUAUCUCUGCAUGGUUGCAGCUCAAAACACUCCUUUUGUUAUCAUAUACUGGUGUCUGUGAAAACCCUCAUUUCAGCAGUUUUCAGCCACUAACCUAAAAGUUAUGCCACUUAGUUUUUCGUUUUACUUUUUCAAAUGUGUAUUAUGAAAUUAUGAAAUUGUUAUGUUUCAACCAACAUAUUACCUCAUAAUUGUUACCAAAUCACAGGAAAAACAGUUUCUUAAUCUCUAACUUCAGUAGAAUUAACAAAAUUCGCUUUGCAUUUGCUACUAGAGGCACAUAUUAGAUUGUGUCAUCAGAAGAUGAUACAUGAUGACUGCAGACUGAAAGUCCUCUGAGAUUUCACAUAUUUUGAUACCUCUCCUUAACCUUUUCCCUUUGAAUGAAAUGUAUUUGUUAUUAAUUUCUUAUACAGCAAUACACUCCAGCUAUCAUUCAGAACACCUAGUUUAGUCUUGGUUUACACCUUUGAAGCCAUUUUGCCUUCAGUCAGGAGGUUUGCAUCACUGAAUCUGUCUCCUCUUGUCAUGAAAGGAAAUCCAUCCCAGUCCACUUCACUGCACUACAUGAAUCCGUACCAGAUGAAUGCCUAUGCGAUGGCCCUGAAGGCCGUGGGAGAGAUCAUCCAGGACUAUGACAGUGAUAAAAUGUUCCCUGCCCUGGGAUUUGGUGCCAAGCUACCCCCUGAUGGGAGGGUCUCCCAUGAGUUUCCUCUCGUAAGUAUGCUAUAGAUUAUUUUUCUGGAUUUUAUUCAGGAGGAACAUUUUUUUCAUGUCAGUCAAUCUGACUGCAUGUGAACAUGAUUGUGAUCGUCCCUGUGGAGCUUAUCUUUAGGUCUCAGAGCUCAGUGUGUGUUUAUGCUGUCUGCAACAUGGAUGGAUAUGUACAAGUUCAUGCCCAUUAUGAAUGUGUACAUUUGGAGAUGAUUGCUGCUGCACCUCCAGCAUGCAUAAUUCAGAGUGAAUUCAGUUUGCCUUUUAUAGUGCAAAUCAGCUUCUGUGAGGCUGAAGGAUCCUUAAAUCAAUUUGGUCUCUCUCUGCCAGCUAAUGUGCACCGGCUGCCGCAUAGUGCAGCCUAAUGAGGAGUCUGUCUACCGAGUAACGUCUGCAUCACUCCAUGUUUCCACUGAAAUUAGCAAAUUAAGAUUCAUCUCAGGGUGUAAUUGAGGCUUCAUUCUUUCACGCUUUGGUCAUAAAUGUGAGUUUAAAGGUAAAGCUACAGUGUUGGUUGAAAUAUUCCUCAUUCAUGUUCUGUUAAUUUCUCUUGAAGAGAGCAGCACUAAUCUUUGAAGUAUUGUUUGAUGGCAUACUUCUAAAAUGUCACUCAGUCUUCAAAGACGAAUUACAGAGAAGUACCUCAUUCAUCACAGCAUGAACUUCCUUGGAUUACAGUCUGUGGUCACAGCUGGCUGUUGUCAGGUGUGGUCUAUUGUUAUCAAGAGCACACCUGCUAUAUCUUAUCUGCACUGUAUGUGGAAAGUGCAUGACACUAUUACUAAUCAGUCAUCCUGUCUGGAAGCGGAGUACUGUGCUUAGUCUGUCUUAACUUGAAUUGCGAUCAGUCUUCAGAUCUUCUAAUUUAGCUGUAAUGCUGAAACCCUGCAUGGUGAGAAACUGAAAGUGGGUGUUAGAUUUGUUCCAGAAACAUGACAACCUGUUAACUUAGAUACGCAUGCAAAUAAAACCCUCCUGAUUUGAUUUUUAACAGAUGCUGGCAGCUUUCCUUUGCUUAAAGGCUUUAGCCUUCUCAUACACUUCAUUCACAUUCUUCAUUUAAUGUCUUUUAAUUGCCCGUUGAGAAAUCCUGAAGGUAUACAUUGUCAUGAAUUGAUGUUGCUUAGAUGACACUAUAAAAUAACAACUCUAUUCCUUCUUUCCAUCACUUUUCCACAACUGCUUAACGCAUGGUGGUAGUUCUCCCCUAAUUAGUGAGCCUCAGGCAUGAAAUACUCUCUUACAUACAUAGAAGGAUCAUAGAGUUUACUAUUAAGAAUUAUAAUUCCCACUUUCUAUGCUCAGUAAAUCUUUGCAAAUGCAAAAAAGACUGAGUUGAUUUCCAUUUUGAGACACAGACUGCUGCAUACAAAUCUGUUUCUGUGCACUCUGUGUGAAAGUUAAAGUAUUGAACACAAAUACCAGAUCUUGAACAUUUUUUUGUUGUUGCUGAUUAAUGGGGAUCUUUUUUACCUUGCUGCUUUGAGGUGACAGAGUAUUGAUGCACUGAGAUGUUGCUCGUGGGUAUAAUGAUAGCACACUUCAGACCACUACUAUGAUAAGUGCUUGGUGGUCAGAGAUGAAGAGAUUUUAAGGCUGCUUGCCCCUUACAUUUACUCCAACAUGUUUUGGUGUGACUAUUGCGUCAUUUCUCCAUCCCUGUUAAUUCACUUUCUGGAUUUUAUUUUCAGUUUAUGUUUUCUUUUGUGUUACUCAGAAUGGCAACAUUGAGAAUCCCUACUGUAACGGCAUGGAGGGGAUCCUCGAAGCGUACCAUCAAAGCCUUAAGACAGUUCAGCUGUAUGGACCCACCAACUUUGCUCCUGUUGUAAAUCACGUGGCAAGGUAAAAACACACACCGUCUUCACAUCAUUGAGUUCAUGAAUGGGGGUUUCUAUGUAAAUUACAUUUCCCAGUCACACACAUCACCAUGAGAUGUACAAGACAGUGAGUGAUGGUUUCUCUGUCAAUGUGGUAGAUCAGAUGAAUACAAACAAUUAGCGACUUCCUUUUUUUACAUUAUAAAUGUAAAAUAUGUCAUGCAUGUGCAGGUCCUAUAUCAGACAUAUUGUGUGAGAAAUGGUUUACUGUCACACAACCAUUUGUUAUGUAGGUGAAUUUGUGUGUAUGCAAACACUAUAAACACUCACACAUAGCUUUUCAUAUAUGACCCUCCAGUUUUUCCACUUGUUUUUCAUAGCUUGAUUAAUAUUUCAUUUCAAACAUUAAUGUCUGGGUUAAUUUAGAGAAUAACUACAGAUAUAAGUUGUGUUUUCAUUACCUAAUAUAAUGUUGUUCUAAGUCAAUGAAAGAUUCAAGUCAUAGUCUCAGUUAUAGGUUGGAGAGUCACACUGUUUUUCAGUUAAUAAGCUUCAUUAUGAAUUGUGCAUUACAUGUUUUAUUUACGAUAACCAAAUCUCUGUAGAAGACGAAAUAGAAGAAGGGCCUGGAUUAGAAGGUUUUACCAGGGGCUACAACUGUGGGCAUAACACACAGAAUACACAGAAGACAUGUUGUAAAUGAUUGCCGAAAGAUUGAAACAGCAGUAAAAUUAUAAUAAGACGCAGGUGUACACUGCCUCAACCCGAGCUGCGGAUUGUUACAGGACUCAACAGACUCAUUCUGGGACUUUGUUCCCAGUAAUGAUGAUUCAUGACUUUGCUUGUUCUUGAAUAAUAAUGACUCACCCAUGGUGCCACCCUUGUACACUGUGGUGUUAAACUCAAAACUUUAGAUUGGAUUUCCUGCAUAAUUGACCCCAGUUUACAAUAACCCCAUAAGGAAAUACUUAACCCAGAGCCAUUUACCUAAGAAUUAAAAACUCUCCAUGCCCAGCUAAAAAUGGUUUAUAACACGUCAUUUUGCUGAUGAAAGUGUGCAGAUGGAUAUAUAAACAUGUUUAUCAAUGACCAGUUUUGCAAGACCUGUUAAAUUUAAUGUUGCUAACUCUAUCCUCAGAGUGCGUGAAAGAAGUGACAGUCCUUCACAAAAACAUUGUACCUCUAAUUAGAGGCACAAUAGUGAUCACUUAGAGACUCAUGUCUUACAAGUAACCAGGGGAUAACUUUCUUUCUAAUUUGAAGACUAUUAAAAAACAAAGUCGGUACUUGUGUUUGUUACAAACAAAAAAAAGAUUUUUUAUUUGAGUCUUGAGACUUUUACUGCUGAAACUACAACAAAAAAGAUCCUCUGCUCCAAACAAGAGGAAAUAUAUGACUCUUUACUUAUUCACUGGCUUAAUCCACGGAUAACCUGGAAAAAGAGAACAGAGAAAAAGGCAGUAAGCAGUCCCCUUCAGACCUGUUACAUGAUUUCAAGGAGUAAAAUUAUCAAAAAAUAAAAUCUUAUAACAAUUACAAGUAAUAAAAUGACUCAUGUCAUAUUACGGCUUUAAGUGUUCUGGUUCAAUGCAAUGUGUAAUUCAUUUAUAAAAAAUCUGUUGCACUUACCCAGAGGGUGCAGUUUAACUAAGGGUGCAGUAAAACUGAAGUGCAGCAAAUUAUUCACGAAGAUGUUGGAGACCAUGAGUGUUCAGAAUAAGACUGAACUGGGCCACUCAUUUCAACAACGUUAAAAAGAUUAUGUUAAGUCUUAACAUAAGUGGAAACAGACCUCUACAUAAGACACAUGCUAAUCUUUUUCAUUGUUUACAUUUACUGAAGGCUUUGCAUGCAAUGGAGGCAGAUUAGUGAGAGUAAACAAUGAUUUCAAUUGGCUCAAAGGUGUUGAUGCAGAGCACAUGCUGUAUAAUAGAUGCAAAGAAUAGGAUUGAAUUGUUAUGUAUAUUAUGCUGGUUCUAAAUUUACAUCUUUCAUUUGAAUUUUAGUUGUAGGUACGGCUAGCUCUGUUAUAUUAAUAUUAUAUUAACAUAGUUAUUUUUCUGCUUAUGUGGCCAAUUGUUGUCUUGUGGGUGAGGAAGAUGAAUAUCCUCCCCCACACACCUAUCUCUGCUCUUCUAUCACUGACAGGUCAUGCUCUUUAAUUACUAUUCCAACCCCUUCCAGCCAAAUUUAACAAACUGAAACCGAGAUUAAAGGCUGAUCUCUGACCUGUCCUUGGCUCCCACGAUUAUCUGUCUUGUUUUUUUUUUUUCCUUCCUCACUCAUCAAGUCAGGUCAGACAAGUGUGAGGCGAUCAAUAAUGCUCUGAAAGAAUAAGACUGCAGCACUUGCAUAAACAGUUUAAUAAAUUAUUCAUCGAGCAGCCAGUGAUGGGCAAUUGAAAGUAGGCCACACUCUCUCUGGUGUCUCUGAUGGGUUUCAUAAUAGUGCAUGGAUAGACCUCUGAGACACAAAGAGCUAUACAGCAGAUUUCACAUCUUUACAUGUCUAUAUAAAACUUUUGUGUCACUCGCUGGUCAAAGGGGGACUUUGUUUCUCAAGAACAUGUUUUUUAACGUGUUUUUCUUUCCCUCCGAAACAGCUUCUGCCCUACUGCUCUUAAAUCAAGUCUCUGGUUGUUCAAAACAUUCUCUGACUUUUUGGUAGCUUGUAAAUGUGUUUCUUUUUGAUUCUUUGCUCCACUUUGACACUUUGACUUGUGGGUGUUGAUGCUGAUGAUUCCUCUGUUUCAGGUAUGCAGCAGCAGUGCAGGAUGGAUCUCAGUACUUUGUUCUGCUCAUCAUCACUGACGGCGUCAUAUCAGACAUGGCUCAGACCAAGGAAGCCAUAGUGAAUGUAAGUGUUGCUUUGACACUACCCUGAGGUUCUUCACCUCUGUCUCUCUCUCUCUUUCUCUUCCUCUUUGCUCUGCAGGGUUUUCCAUUACAAGUCAACUGUGACACUUCUACCAGUCCUUCUGUGACUACCAGGGGUUUCAUAAACUAGAGCCAUUAGAUUUGAGGAUUUAUGUGAUGUUUUCUUCUCCACUUGUUUUCCCAGUGUACUAGGGUGCACUGCUGGUCCAGUAUUUCUCCUUUUUACUGAGUCCCCCAGUAGGCUAUGGGACUCAGCUGAGAUUCAGGUCAACGGGUUCACUUUGUAAGAGCUUACCAACAGCACCACUUUUGUCAGAUUUUAGGCGAAUCCUUGUGCUUUCCUUUGCCUCAGCUGCUUUCUGCAUAUUCACUUGUGCCAUAAUGUGUACUGGGGACACGCUCUUCAACAGCAGCACACAUCACCAAGGUGAACCUCACAGCAGCACGGAGCUCUGACCCCCAGCAGACUGGGUUUAAAGGGAAUUUGCGACUGUUAAUCAAACCAUUCGAACAGCCACACCUUCCUUUUAAGAUCUUGUCUGCUGCUCUGCACUACUCAGCCCAAACCUGCUCUGUCCUGCUGAUCACCUUGCUGCUCUUUCAUCUGACCUCAGAUUAAAGGACCUUCCUCACUGUGCAUUUAACCCUUGCCCAGGAAAAAUAUGUCAGAGAGAACAGUAAAAAAGAACAUAAAUUUUAUUGUGCAUGUUGUUUCUUAUUUAUGCCAUUUAAUGUAAAUAACUUCAUAUAUUUGUUGGUAAAGUUACUUACAUUAAACUUAUCCUGCUUUACUUGUUCCUGCAUCAGGACAGCCUCUCUCCGGAGAGUAAUAUGUCCACUCAUAAACAGCACAGCCUUCGGGCCCAUCUUUCUUUGAUGUAUUUAUGUUGAGCUCCAAAUUUUAAUUUAGGAUAUUAAAUUAUGAAAGGGGUCUAUCUCUAAGGCUUGGGAGGCAAAGCUAUAAAUGAAAUUAUAUGCCCCAGGUGUUAGCUUUACUCUGAUGUUUCAGUUGGUUGAUUGGAGGUGGUCCCAGCCACUGAAUAAAAGCCAUGGAUUUUUUUUAAGUUUUAAUGAGACACACAAAAAACAAGAAGCUUGAGUGCCUAUUAACUGACUAAAGUAUUUUCUUCAGUAUCUUCAUACUUUAUUAUCAUAGUCAUACUUUUCAGCAAAGUCUAAAUUAGGGACCACAGUUUUAAAGAUAGUAAAUAAGAUUAACUGUAUGUCUUAAAGCUGCUGUAACUCUCUCUUUUAAUUUUUCUCACUCUUCUCACCUUCGACCUCCUCUGACCUCCGUCAUUACAAACUCUGGCUGUAGAGCCAAACUUAGAUUGACCCAAAGGAAUCAGAGUUCCUGCUCAACUAAUCUCUGGUUACAUUAAUACACACAGUAGAUUUACAUGCACAGUUAAGUCCAGCUACACUCAUAACUCAAUUAGGUGAUUGAACUGUACUACUGUCCUUGUCCCAGUUUACAAACAUCAGAGCAGAAUAUGUCUGCUCUGGUGGAUGGCUACAUGCUGUCUUUCAGCUUGUUGGGUCAUCGUAACAUGCUAGCGAAGGUUAAUGGGAUGUACGAUGCAUGAUAAAACACUGUCACUUUUACAGCUAUGAACUGUUUUUGUGAUUGUAAGGUUUUGUCCUUUUUUAACAUCCUUUCUUCAACUGAUGAGGUUUUGUGUAAUGCCCAUCUUCCUUGCAAAACGUCUAUACUAUUCAACUUAUGGCUCAAAGGCUAGCUUGCAAACACCAGAGGAAGGGGAAAGAGCACUUUGGUCAGUUUCAGUCCGAUCAAGCUGUACAGAGGAGAAAAUUGAUCCACAACCAUGUCAUCUUUGUGUGUUAAUCUAACUAUGAGACGUUUGUUUUAGUGCGAUUUCAGGCAGACUAAUUUGUUUAUAUAUUCUAUGAAGGUCCAGUUUCAGUCUGACUUAGGUCAUAAACAGAUCCUCAUCAAUUUACCAAGAGGAUCCUUGGGUGCCAUCACACAAUAACGUUGAAUCAAUUACAAUAAGCAGUGGACGGCUAACUACUCAUCGGCUAAAUACAAGCUUGUGUGUAGCUACACUGACAGUAAAGCAUCAUUGGAUGCUUUGUUCUACAUAACCAUAUGGUACAGCUCAUCAGCCAUCCAUUAAGUGUUUUCCUUCAAUAAUCAUACUGCUAAUUGACUUUAUAUAAGAUUAAAGGAAAAAGUACACAAAUGACAACCUAAACAGGCUUUGUCCAGCUAGGAUGCUACCAGGCCCAUACUGUGGACUGAGGAUAAUUUAGGCAAAUCCACUAUUAAUGGCAGUGUUAAUAGCUGGAGAAUAAAUUUGCAGAAGAAAGCAUGAAUGAGGGAUACAUACUUAUUAAGUCUACCAAAUCUUCUUUGCAUCCUUUAAGGAUUUGGGAUAAAUCCCUCUUGUACCAAACUCAUCCUCCCUGUCUCUUUGUGAUGGAAUUACAUCAUAUUAAAAAAGCUACAGAUGCCUUAAUUUCCACCAAACUGUCUACUAAUGGGAACUAAGAAUUCUAAGAUUAAAAAGAUUCUAAUAUUAAGAUUCAUUAACUAAACAUUGUGGUAGCUAAUUUAGUUCCAAUCCCCUUCCUUCUCUGUUAAUGAGACAAAUGGGGCAAAAAAAGCUUGCUCAUAAAAAACCAAUUAACUGUUAUUAUAAGAGCAAUUAUCUGCCUCUAUUGUUUGUGUAUGUAUUAUGGGUCUAUGCAAUAACAAAAGGCACUGUGUGUUCAUGCAGAUAGAUAUAUCAAGAUCCCCUGAAAGACUUUUUGGUACUGUCAAAGUAACAAACGAUGUAGACUGAAUAAUUCAGUUCUGGAUACAAGAUCUGAUGUGGUAUUUAUAGGUUCUUUGCAUGUGGGGUCUUCUGCUGCUGGAAAGGGGGCAGCAGUCUGCGUGUGUGUGUGUGUGUGUGUGUGUGUGUGUGUGUGUGUGUGUGUGUGUGUAUACUGUAUAUAGUGUGGUCAUGAAGAAUGAGCCUGGUGGAGGGAAUAUUGACAUGAAAAAAGAAAUGGACUCAUAAUAAUGAUGGAGAACAUGGAGAGGGUGGUUCUCUCCUGUCCGUUUGCUCCUAUCUGUGACAACCCCCAACACCCCCCCUCCACACACGCACACACCCGAGGUUUUCAAGGAAAGCUGACCUACUUUUAUCCUGUGAAUAUACUUUUACCACAAGCAUACAUCAUUCAUUCAUACCAGAGCUUUUAUGCUCUUUACAUCAAGACCAGGGUUAAGAUUCAUAACAUUGACAAACUUGUACACCAGCAGUCAGUUAAACAAGCCUUAUUAAAUCCUCAUUAAAGCCACUGUGAGGAGUUUUUAUGGUUAUAAAAUAGACUGAUAUUUAUGCUUUAAUGCCUUUUUAUGACCAGAUUUGGUGACAAGAUUUAUUUAUUUGAAUUGUUAUAUUUAACAGCUGUGACUGCUAUAGGGAGUAGGCAUUAGCUGAGGUGAUUUACAGCCUAAAUAUACAGCCUCUGUCUUAAUUUGUCAAGUAGUCAUGAUAAGUGAUACAUUUCAUUGUGAAAUGACACUCCAUGAAUUAAUAAUGUUAUGAGCGAGUUACAUAUUGCAUAUUAAUUGCAUUUUAUUGGUCAUGUUUCUGGCUUGAUAUGUGUUGCUGAAUUUUAUCUUUUUGCUUUUUGUGCUCUUUUUUGUGAAACUCAAAAUUAAAAACGUUAUUUACUCGGUUUUGCACAUUUUGUGAAACCAGUCCACUUACAAUGACACAGUGCAGCAUUGAGCUGAGGUUUUCUGUGAUAUGCUGGCUGUUGGAACAACCCCUAGGCCCCUGGGUUGAAUAAUGUUUUCAUAUUGUCUCUCAGUCUCUGGAGGACCCAAACCAUACAACAUAAUGUGAGGAGAAACACACUGAAGAACCUGUUGUGAUUCUUUGUGUUUACAUUAUUUUAUCUCAGCCGUUAUUGUUUAAGUAAUCCAGCAUCUCUUGAGGACUAUGCUUGUAGAUAAGACUGAGUUUGCAGAGUGAGUAAAAUACAAAUAACUGGAAGUAUAACCUGGUGAAAUUCCCUGAUGUCAAGCUUUAGAUCAGCAAAUCCAAUGUGUGCUCCUCCAAGCAUCUGUGUGAUCACUCUUUGUUCUUCUUGACAGGCUGCUAAGCUCCCCAUGUCUAUCAUCAUUGUCGGAGUUGGCCAAGCUGAAUUUGAUGGUGAGAACAGAGUUUUACCAGGGAACUCAGUUUUGUCUGUUUGUAUCAGGGAUUUGUUGGAUUAAUUGUAGUUGGUCAUUGUACAUCUUUGAAGACAUAUUCAUCUACAAGUCAUAAAACAUCUUUUCUCCUCAGCCAUGGUUGAGCUUGAUGGUGACGACAUCAGGAUUUCCUCACGGGGGAAGUUGGCAGAAAGGGAUAUUGUACAGGUGAGACAUUCCUGAUGUUUAAUGCUUCCUGAACAGUAUCAUCUGUAAAAAGGACAAUUAACCCUUGUAAGUGUGUGUGCAGAUUGGUGAUAGUUUUUCAGUCACAAAAAUGAUAUCCUAAAAUCUACACAUCUGGUUGUCUUGAGAUUCAUUCAUAUGCAGAAAAAAAAACACCAUUGUUGAUCUCAUCUCUUCCUAUAGUGCUAUCAGGGGGAAAGCUUUCCUGCUGAAAUAUGAUAAGAAAAACUUUGUAUACGACACAAGUUGUCAAACUUUUGGAUUUUGCCUAACUUUAGUAGACAUGCCGGAACAAUUGUCCAUUGAAGCGUUCAAGGCUUAGUAUUUCAGUGCCCUUGACUUUAUCUGCACCUGAGCCCCAUGCUUUUUUGAGAGUGGGCCCCCAGGGUGAGUUCUGGUCUGUUUCUAGUUUGACUCUUCUCCCGUUCAUUUGAUUCCAAGGGGUUCAAUUGUGCAACCCCAGAUAUGCAGCACAAGGGACAAGACAGCGUUCAUCCUGGCCCAAUCAGGAAACCAUCUCUUUUGGAAACCAUCUCUUUACCAUUGCAGAGGCCUGAGUGGGUCAUAAGAGGUUACCCAUCCAUUUUUUAUGGGUUAUGUGGACUUGAAGAAGGCCUAUAAUUAAAUACCCUGAACAGCCUGUAGUGGACCCUGCAGGAAUAUGGGGUAGGUACUGUGGAUACUGCUACGAGUCACACUGUCCCCCAUAAGACAAGCAAUAGCUGUGUUAUGUGCAAAGACGAUCAAGUCUCCAUGGGGCUUUGGUACCUUGUCAGUGAUUCUGUUUAUUUCAGACAGAACUACAUCUCUGUUGUUACAUUUGAUGUAGUUGGCUCCAUCCAACUGUGACCUCCACUAACAGAGGCAACCAGCAGCUGACUGUGAACUAUGGGGAGAAGACUUACAUAGUUCCACUUCCAAGUCUGAGGCCACUGUCCUCUGCUGGAGAGCAGUGGAUGCUCCCUCUCGGUGGAGAGUAAAUAUUUAGGUAUCUCUGAAUCUUCUUAAGGUGUGAGUAAGAAAUAAACAGUGGCAUCGACAAACAGAGCAGACUGACAGAUUUAAAUGCAAAUGUGGUGUCAAACCAUCAUAGUGAUGAAUGAGCCAAACACUGAAUGGGAAGAUUUGGAUUUACCAAUCAUUCUGGCUUCCACCUAAAUCCAUGAACUAUACCUCUGGGUAAUGACAACAUGACUAAUAUCAGAGUCCUCCUCAGUCUGGCUUUACUUGACCUGAGAGAUGGGCUCAAAAGAUCAGACAUGCAUUAAAGGGAUUUUGGAGGAGAGCACCUACAUUUCUUUGAAAAGAGCCGUUGAAUUAGUUGAAGCAUCUGAAUAGCUGCUUCUUGGAACCUCCAGUUGAUGGUGUUUCUGCCAUAUCCAACUGGAAGAAGACCCCAGGGGCAGCCAGAGCUAGCUACACAUAACAUACAUCCUACCUUGCCUGUGAAUAUGUCCAGAUCCCCAAUGAGGAGUUGAAGACAUCGCUGGGCAAGAGGACAUUGGACCAACUUGCAACACCUGCAGCUAUCAUGACUAAACAUCUAAAUUGAGCUAAAAACUAAAACAGAUUGGAUGGAUGUCUAGUCAGUCUAUCUCUACAGCAGAUUUCCAUGGUGACCAGGAGAACCUGUGUUGUGAAAUUAAGACUGGUGCUUAAAUCACAGUGUCGUCUGCAUAUUGUCUGAUCCACUUCCUUACUCCCAGGUGUAAACAGGGCUACCAGUUAUUGAUUGACGCAUGAUUGUUUCUUUACAUUAAGUCAUACAUUUCUUUUCUUUGUCACAACAGUUUGUCCCAUUUAGAGACUACAUGGACCGCACAGGCAACCAUGUGCUUAGCAUGGCGCGGCUGGCAAAAGACGUGCUGGCUGAGAUUCCUGACCAGCUGAUCUCAUACAUGAAGAGUAGAGCAAUCAAACCGAACACAGCCCCACCAGCUUACUCGGUCGACAACCUUCCUCAGACCAACCCUGUCUGAGCCCACACACAGCUCUGUAUUGAAGUUGGGCAGGCUACAGACUGAUGGGAACCUGCAUCCACGACCACAUCCUUUGAGAAACCGAAAACAGCUAUAGGGUUCGUGGAUGAUAAUUCAGCUGAAUAAAAAGAUAAUGAGACUCCAUUUUAUUUUGGAGCAAUAAGACUAUUCUUUGGCAUACCUGUGGAUGAUCAGGGAGUUUUUUUCUCUGAGUGCUAGAGGAUGAAAGAGAUAAGAGGAGCCUGGUGUAAGAGGAGGUUUUAGUUGUUUGCUGUCAAACCUGUCAAAGUGGUGAUGUAAUGGAUAGCAAGUGAACCCGUAGAGAGAGCCUGAUUGGAGGCAUACAUAUAUUAGAAUGUGCCAGUGUGUAUCAAGUUUGUGAUACCUUUUUGAAUCAGUGUUUGUUAAACUAGGACACUUAUUUAUUAAUUUAAGAAAUUAUUCAUUUCUUUAAGGGUGGGAUUAAAGUCAUAUUUUCCCUGUAGUUAACCUUCUUAUAUUUUGUGACAAGUGUUAUAAGAAAAUUCCCAUUUCUACUUUGAUAAGAAAUGUAAUAUAAAAGCAUGUGAUAAAACCUAAUAAGCAGUUCAUAAGUCAUUUUCAGUGAUAGAUGAUUUUUAGAUUGCAAGCUGUUACAUAGAGGACCUGCGCUACGCUGUUACCAUACGAAUUUCCAGCAUCAUGUCUUAUAUGUAUUUCUUAUAUAUUUAUAUCUACAGAAUGCACUAAUUACUCUCCAAAUGAAAGCACAAAAGUUUAAAUCUAGCUAAGCUGAAAACAUUAGUCUGAGAGAACAAACAGCUACCACAAUUAAGAUAAUAAAUAAGACCGUAUAUUAAGUUCUCAGCUUGGCUUUAACAUUGAUCUCCUUUAUUAUAAUACAAUAUGAGAGCAGGAAGAAAAAGACAAUACUGCCGUAUUCAUUUCAAAGAUUAUUAUUCCUAAAAUUUGUAUGUUAACAGAAAAAUAGAUGAAUAAUUCAAAGCACAUGCUUGUUUUUCUUAUUAUUAUGCAGAGGUAAGCAGUACUGCAUAAGCGUCAUGCUGCCAUAUCUCAUUGGUCAUCCUGCAGUUUGUUUCUAUUCCAUUAUAGUCAAUGUGGUAGCAGCUCGUUGUGUGGAAUUUUUCUCUGAACCUAAAGAGGACCUUUCAAAUAAACUUUAAAGAGUCUGAUGUCAGCUAUACCCUCCUCCUUUCUUCUCCUCCUAAACAUUUUCUCCUCUGUUCCUUCAAAAUAAAAACUAAGCAAUUGCAAAUCUUUUAACAAAUAUACAUAAAGAGAAACCUUUGUCUGUAUAGUACUGAAACAGUUACCACUCCAUUUCAUUGUAUGUAUUUCAGUUUGUUUACUCUGUUUCAGUAUGUCAAGCUUUGUGUGUUUUCAGAAAAAAAAAAACUAUAUACAGCACUCCAAUUUUUAAAUAUUGUGAUGCCAUUUUGACACCCAGGGUCAAAUUUUAAUUUUUGGAUUCACUCAAAGUCAGUUAUCUAAAUUUGUUUUUUUUUAAAUCACUUUGUUCACAUUUUUAAAGAAAGUUACAGCCAUUUUGGCCCAGGAGUAUAAAUCUUCAUUUAACUCUUUGUUAGAGGCCAUCAUUCAUUUUAAGCUAGUCAGUCACUCUCUUUGUGUCACUCGACCCAAAUGUGCCUAGUAUAUGGAAACAUAUCCAAAUUCAGUUACCCAGGUGUUACUCUGCCAGCAGCAGCAGCAGGUCUCAUAUUAAAGAUGUACACGCUGAGUAGUAAAGUGUUGCAAGGCUAGGAUUUUAACAGCUGCAGUGGCUGAUUGCUGUCUCUACCAGUGUCUACUUUUUAUACGUCAUUAUUAACCUUUGAAAUAAUGAAAGUAAGCAAUGUUGCUGAGCCUUGUUGUACAAUAUUCAAAGUCAAGACUUGUUUACAAUUCAACUGCGGCUAUCUGCAUUGCCUCAAGGAAAAAGUAAACAUUUGUGGAUUUCAUUUAAUCACAUGUUUGUUCAUUUGUCACUUAUUUUAUACCUUAAGUGUUACAUUGAAUGACACAGCAGGACUAACGUUUACAAAGAUUUGCCUGAGAAUGUGAAACCCUCAUCUUUUCUUAUAUUUAAAUUAUAGAGCAAAGUGUUUACAUGAUUCAUGUUGUUUUAUGAACUCUGUUAGCUACUCAGUGUUUACUGGUUAACGCUGUGAAGAGAAGAUGGUCUGAUGAUGGUGAAGAAUCACUCCAGGGGCAGUGACAGUGAACUCCCACUGUUACAGGCCCAGAUCCAUAUUUGGCUUUUUGUUUUCCCGUUCAAUUUCUCAUUAGUGAUGACAUUUCUCUCUCAGAAGACAAAGCACAUUUUAAUCUGCUGCCAAAUCCACUUGUUCACCAGAAGUGAAAUGGGGCCACUAAAUUUAUUUAUAUGACACAUAAAUACCAGAAUACCUCUGAAGAAAAGCCAUUUAAACCAAAAGGAAAUAAUGACUAUACCGUAGAGACAUUUAUGAAAUAUAUAUAAAGAGAUAAUAUAAAUAAAUAUCUUCAAUAUGUCAUAUAUUUUCUUUACAAGUACAAUAAAAAGUAUUGCUUCACUUUUUAAUUUCUAAGGUGAUAGAAAGUCAAACAUUACUCACUGACAUUUAUUUAUUUAAGUUUUAAGUUUAGAAGUCCUUUACUUUUCCAGCAUGUAAAGUCAACAUCAGCUCAUGUACUGAUUGUGACUGAAAAUGCGUGAAGAGCAGAAAGUACAAUGUAAAGUAUAGCUGGAGCCAUAUGUUUUGUUUAUUUUUCAUACAUAUUUAUGUAAUUAAUCCAAAUCAAUUAAAUUGCUUCUCAGGCUCUGAGAUCAAAACUUUCUUUUUUUUUUCUGUAAAAUUUCCUCCAUAGGGAAAUCAAAAUCUACCCCCCUCAGUUAUAAAUAAAUAAUAAAGUAAAAUGAGCACAGUUUUGACUCUUAUGCAAUUGUAAAACAUAAAAUUAUUCUGAAAUAAAUUUUUCAGUUUUAAUGAUGUCUUUCCAACAACACGACCUUUUCUUUUUGUCUCUGUGGAAAUCGCUCUAUGUUUUUCUUUCAUUUCAAUUUGAUUUGAGGCUGAACUCUAAUUAUGUACAUAAGUCCCAUAUAGAGAAUGUUCUGUGCCAGACUAUGUUCAAUAAAUGUUGAACGUGGCCUCUGAACAAUGUGCAUGUUUGUGCCAAAUGGCAGGAAGGUCUGCCUUCACUUUACCUGAUGAGUAAACCAGCCAUGUGCUUCGUUUGUAACUUGGGAUGUUAUUUGGAGAUAUUUGACAAAAACAGCCACUUCUAGCAUGUUUUAUGUCUGGUUUUCUUUCUGUUCUGUUCCAAUGAGACACUUACUGUAUGGGUUCUUCUCUCCACUACUCCCGUUUUAUCCCAGGUUGUUUACAUACCUCUUGGUCUUUGACUUGCAUGCUGAAAAAUUUCCAAACCAGGUGUUGGACAUGAUAUUGUCGUUAUACUGUGGUUUGUGAAAUGCUUUGUAAUGGAUUGCCUUAACUGAAGAUGAAUAAAAUAUUGAAUACUUGGCAGAA